AUGUAUGAAGAUUUAACUGUACCAAUAUUCUUAAAUUCCUUAAUUCUGUUAAAACAUAAGGAAUUGGUUAGUUGUGUAGGCUGGACAACAGCAGACGAUCUUUAUUCAUGCAGUGAUGAUCACCAAAUUAUUAAAUGGAACUUGUUAAAUGGUGAAACAACACAAGUAGCGAAGCUUCCUGAUGAUAUCUAUCCCAUCGAUCUUCACUGGUUUCCCAAAAGUUUUGGUGGAAAGAGACAAACUCACGCUGAGAACUUUGUACUUACAAGUUCUGAUGGUAAGUCAUCAUGGAGAUGUAUAUAGCUUAUUUUAGAGUACAAUGCUUUUGAAAGUAUUUCAUUUUGUCAGUAUGCAAAGUUGUAGUCAAAUGAGUUAGAGCAGUUCCUUUGAAAUUAAUGGGCCUAAAUUAGUAAUGUCCAGUCAUUUAAAUGGAACUGCUCUUGAGUCUACAGUUUCUGCUGAGAUUAUCAUGCAAUAUGAUGCACCAUCUUUAAUCACUAACUUUAUGACUCCUUUCAAGUUUCACCUUCUCUGAUCCUUGAUUUUGUACAACUUUACACUAUUUUGUACACUGGGUGCAUGCUUUCCCUUGCAUUGAAACAUUGGGCUCUAACCUUAUGCUGUAAAUACACUGGCCAGACAUAAGCAUGUAUUUGGGAAAACAGUAGUUUAAUUACAAUAGCAGUUGAAAGAACAUACCAAAGUGUUGGGAUGUUGCAAGCAAUUCAGGUAAGAAUGCUACAGCUUUGUAACUGGUGUAUCUUUUAAGAACAAAAUCUUAUCUGGUCCAAUCCAGAAAUUGCCUUGGGCGCACCAUAGGUGUAGGUCAGCAGUAGCAUGGAUGUGGGGAAAAGGGUAAAUUUAGAUCUACAUGCAGGGUAGCUCUGGUAAGCUGAAUCAGCUCUGCCUAGAUGCACAUACAUACUGUGUUACAUGCAAUCCCUGUUGUCCUAGUGUGGUUUGUAUUAAAUGGUUCCUCUCCACUUGCUUUUAGUGCAAAUAAGAAUAAUUGCAAUCAUGAGCUGUAUUGAAUACUGCACACAUUUUUCCUUGUGACACUCAUGGGCAACUGUCUAUAUCAGAGACUUUGAUGUCAAGACUAGUAGAAGAGAUGUUUUUCUUCUGGUAUCUGUUCUAACUGUAAAUCAGGUAUCUGUCUUGAUAAGCAAUUUAUUUUAUUUAUAAUACUGAGUUGCCUUUUGGCCCCAAAGAACAACUGAGACUAUCCACAAUUUGAAAAAAGUUAGCUUCAAAACUUUGAAACAAUACCAUGGCAGAUUAGUAUGAUUUAAAUUUUUUAAAAUGUGGAAGUAAUUUCACUUAAAACCAGCCAAAGUCAUGCAGAGCAAAAAGUCCCAUAGACAAUGUACUACCACAGCAACAGCCCUGUCCUAUGCUUCCACCAAUCUAGCUUUCUUGCUGGUACAACAAAUAGCGAAGCCGCCAAAGGUGAUCUUAAAUUAAAGGUAGGUGGCCUUUCAGAUACUCUGGCAACAAACCAUUUAGGUCUUUAGAGUUAAGAACCAGCACCUUGAAUGGUGCCCAGAAACAAAUUGUAAACCAGUGCAGUUGUUACAGAACCUAGUGUAAUAUGGUCAACAAACUGCAUGCCAGAAAGCAAUCUGGCUUUCUUUUUGGAACAUGCUUUGCGGUAGCCCCACAUAGUGUGUUGUACUAGAACAUAGCUUAUUUUGUACCCCCAGCUUCAGUUUAAUUUCCUUCUUUCACUUUGCAUUAAUGUAACUGAUUAGUUUGACACUUUAAUCCAAUUAAUCCGUAUUUGUUUACUUUUUCUCAAAGGGAUCUUUUCUAAGGAGAAAGCAUUUAUAGUCAGCAAACCUAUUAGCCAUUUUUUCUUGAUUUUGCAUCCAUUUUGACAUUAAUAAAACUGCUAAAUGGGUAAUUCAGAAGAGUUGUAUCCAACUAACUCAUACUCGGUAUAGAUCCAUUGAAAUCAAUGCACAUACAUUAGCCCUGUUCAUUGAUUUCAAUAGGUCUACUUUGACCAUAAGCUGGAUACAACCCUUGGAAAAUAAGCAAUAAUUUCUGUCUGUAGGCUUUGGAGAAGUGCACAACAGCAAGCUACUUUUGCAUAGUAAAAAAAGUGAAUGUUUUAAGACAUUUGGCUGAAAAUGGACAUAAUGACAGCAGACCAGCUGUUUGAUACCUGCCGCUGUUUUGUUGGCAUCCAUCUGUCUUGAAAGACAAUGGAGUGGGCCUCUGGGGGUGAAGUCAAAUUGCUGUGUUAGCAGUACCGAAGUGACUUCUCUGGGAUGCAAGCCUGGACAGUGUUUAUGGAAAUCCUGGGCUGCCCAGACAACAAGACCCUCCUCUUGGCCUUGCUGAUGUGGUCCAAGGGAAAGCAGAGCAAUCUGUUUGGAACCAACUUGGCUGCUGUAGUUGCCAUCUAACUGUCUUAGGGACUCCACUCCGGAUAUGUGUAGCGUUUACUCCUUAGCCCUUGCUUUAGAAUCGAGAGUUUUCCUUCUCCUAGAUGGGCUACCAUCCCAGGCUCAUGAGCCCUAUCUGCCCCUCACUUCCUCCUACAGCAUGUGCAGAAACCGCCUUCUUGAACAUUGGACUCACUAUUGGUCAUGUCCUCUCAAUCCAGAGUCUGUCUUCACAUGUUUUACCCUAAUGAUAUUUCUCUUUGAGGGUAUCCAAAGCUAGCAGGAAGCACCCCAAGAGAAAAAUCAAAUGUGCAGGUAUGUUGGAGGUCCAGCUGUUCCCUCCCACUGACAUAUGUUGCACUUUAAAUCAUCUGCCCACCCACACUUUAUAAUGCAUAAAAAAAUUGGGCCCUGCACUGUCUCAUAUCUCAUUGCACCCGCUUAAUAAUAAUAAUAAUAAUACCACCCGACCCAUCUGGCGGGGUUUCCCCAGCCAUUCUGGGUGGCUUACAGAAUAUAUCAAACAUAAUAAAGCAUCAAACAUUAAAAACCUCCCUAUACAGGAGUGCCUUCAGAUGUCUAGUUGUUUAUUUCCUUUACAUCUGAAGGGAGAGUGUUCCAUAGGGAUGGCGUCACUACUGAGAAAGCCCUCUGCCUGGUUCCCUGUAACUUCACUUCUCACAGUGAGGGAACCAGCAGAAGACCCUCUGAGGAGGACUUCAGUGUCUGGGCUGAGGCCAAUGAAGAUCCUUUAGAACCAGUGUUAUAUGGUCCCAGUGGCUACUCCCGGUCACCAGUCUAGCUGCCGCAUUCUGAAUUAGUUGUAGUUUCUGAAUCACCUUCAAAGGCAGCCCCACACAGAGCGCAUUGCAGUAGUCCAAGUGGGAGAUAAGCAGAGCAUGCACCACUCUGGCGAGACAGUCUGCAGGCAGGUAUGGUCUCAGCCGGUGUACCAGCCGGUGUACCAGUUGGAGGUGGUAGACAGCUGCCCUGGACAUAGAAUUGACUUGCACCUCCAUAGACAGCUGAGAGUCCAAAAUGACUCCCAGGUUGCACACCUGGUCCUUCAGGGGCACAGUUACCCCAUUCAGGACCAGGGAGUCCUCCACACCUUCCUGCCCAAAAACAGUACUUCUGUCUUGUCAGGAUUCAACCUCAAUCUGUUAGCUGCCAUCCGUGCACCAUCUGCCUCUAGAUUGAGGACCUUCACCGCCUUCACUGGUUCUGAUGUGAAGGAGAGGUAGAGGAUGCAUUCAUGUGGACAUUUAUUGAAGUAAAUUGACUUAUUUCCAAGCAAACAGUGGAGGUUGUUGUUUAUGGCAAAUGACAACAAGUUUUUACCUAUUGUAAGUAGCUGUAUAUGUUUGUGUAUACUUUAAAAUAGAAUGUAUUGUACAUACAACAAUCUGUUUGAUAUAAUUAUGGCUGAAGAUUUUAAAAUGCACACUUAUAGUAUUAAAAAAAAUUCCUGACAAUAUCAAAGGCAUAAGAGGGAAAUGUUCUCAACUUGCAAAACUCAAAAGAUGAAACAUCUUUUUAAAACCAAAGUUUUAUUUUGUUAUCCUAACAUACACACACACACACACACACACACACACCCAUAUUUAGACAGCAAAUGAACAAGCUACCAUUGUUGUCAUUCUGAGCCUAAGUUGUUUUAUUACACUGACAGCACUGGGCUUUUUUCAUGUUCCUUUGCAUCUACAACAUGAAGAUUGAUAAAGACAUUUUUAAAGAAACAUAUUAUGUCCACUGAAAAGAGAACAAUGCGACUGUUAUGUACAUAUAGACAUUAUAUUCCACUAAUGUGUUUCUCAGAGCAUUCCUAUGCCAUCAAUCAAAAUCCUACAAAUUGGUUCUGUAUGAAUGUAACCAAGAGAAUCCCUCUUACAUGAUAGUACACCAAUUUUAAUCUUAUUUAUGGUAUUAAUAUUGCAAACCAGAAUUCCCCUGAGUUCCCUGUGUUUUAUGAAUGCAUCUUAGAUUUUUUAAUAGCAGUGUAAAAAGUAGAAAGUGCCCACUGAGACCUUUAUUUUACCACAUAUGUAAUAGAGGGACCAUUAUGUCUUGAAGUAUAUCUAACUAGACAGCUGCUAUAAUUCAUAGAUUAACAGGAGUAACACAUCUUCUGAAAAACAAAGCUGUAGUAUAGAAUUCCUAGAUUUGCUGAGUUAAUCAUCUGUGAUUGUCACAUUUAAGACCAACCACACUGGUAGCCUAUACAUGAUAUAGGAUUUCAUAGAAAGGCUUUUAUGGUGCUUGGCACCAUAAUAGCCCAAUAUCUUACAUAUGUGAACUAUUCUUGGAAAACAUUGCUACAAAAUGGGAAAUAUCCAUAUUUAUUUUUUAUCCCAUUAUAUUUUGAGGAGACAGGUGAUAAAAUAACAAGCAUAAAAAUGUAAACACAAAACAAAACAAAAUGAGGAUCUUCACUUUAUCCCGCUCUAUCUCAGAGGCUCAGUGUGGGUUACAUUUUCCCUCUGGUUUUUCAUUAAAGAGAAAAAAAGCUGUUUCCUUGCUGAAAUGUUUACAGUUGCCCAGCUCCCACAUAAUGUUAAGCCAAACCGUGACUUACUACAAAUGUGGGGUUCCAAAGAGGAGAUUGUAGCACUUUGCUCCUCCCUGGAUGUUUUCUGCUACACUGAGCUGAGCUGUGGUUUGGCUUAUUGUCCAGACCCGAGCUUGUAGUUUAGCUCUCUCCAGACAAACCACAAGCUGGAACCAAGGUUUAUCCUAUGGUUUACAACUUGUGGAUUGUCUGGGAGAGAUAAACCCUGAGCCCUGCUUCAGACAGUUAGCUGAGCCAAACUGCAGUUUAACUCAAGCACAGAGCAGUAGCAAAUGAAAAAAGGGGAGGAGCAAAAUAGCCACAAUCUCCUCUCUAGCAGCCCAUGUGUUUGCUCAUUUGCAGUAAGCCAUAGUCAGCAUUACAUGGGAGUUUCGUUAUCAUUUAUAAGAUAAGAAUAUGGUAAACAUGAAAACAAAUACUGAAUGGGCCCACUUCAAAGGAGAUUUGGCUCAUGAUGCUUCUCUACAACUAACCUCACAUAGAGAGGGCACUCGUCAGUGUAAAGAUCUCCACUUGCACAAUGGGACUUGCUCUCCUCUCACCAUGUGCCCAAAUAUGUAGGGUUGUAAGAACCUCUGGAGCAGAUUUAGGACAAAGGAGAUAGGGAGAAUGCUGCAUUGCACAAUCAGAAAUCAUUGCACUGAUUGAAGGAUUGCCUUAGUGCUAUGUUGGGUGUCUGGGAAAGCAUAUACAAAUGCCUCAAUGCAAGUUACUGAAACACUUUUACAUACUUGGCACUAUUCUCACUAGGAGGAGAAGGAGGACUAAUUAGCCUUAGUUCUCUGACAUAUGCUAAGUAUUCGUUUCUUAAGGGGGUAUGAGAGAAUAGUGAUAUUUUUCCCUUCCACACAAAAAGUCCAAAAGGUUUUCUCCAGUUAUUCUUAUCAAAAGUCAUUCAGGUUUCUAAAUGGGACUUUAGGUUUGUGGUCCAGACCAUUCCCUAAUUUUGUCAGAGUCACUGCCCAUUGACAAAUCACUAGUUGUGACAAUAAAGGAACAGGGUUCCAAGAUUUGACGCAUGCAAGAUUGUACUAAGUAAGGUUAAACCAAAACCAAAAGAAAGACUCUAAAAUCCUUAUGGAUUACAAUAAAAGUUCCCUUUUUACCCUGCCAACUAGCAACUAGUCUUAGUUCAUAACAUUCAGAAUCUAAAAUUAGUAUUUAUACAUAAGCAUUGGCAAAUCAUUUAUGCAACGGGAGUGUGUGAGACCUGAACUUUGAAUGUCCCCCUGAUGAUUGUGCCUCCUUGUGUAUGCCUGUAAGAUGAGCCAGAAUAGCAGAUUUUCCAUUUUAGUAUGUUCCCAGAUCUCUUUUUUCAAAGUCAACACUGCUAUUGGCAUCAUUCUAUGAAGGGGGUUCAGUGACACAUAGGUGAGGUAGUGAAAGUGAAAAGCCCUUUUAAACAAGCUAUUAUAAAUAUAGGAUAGUCCUGAAGCUUUCUCUCUUUUGCUCCUCCAUAAGGGUGCAAACUGGAUCCCAGGUGAGGAUGGGUUCAGUGCUUCUCUACAAUCCCAGCAGCAUAUUCAAGGAUACUUGAGCAGUGUAGUUUUUAAAAAUGUCAUCAUGCUCCUUUUAGCUGGUUCAGCAAGUCUCAAUAGAUAUAUUUUGAGCAGCAGAUGUUCACCACCAUUUUGUAUGAAAGGAUCUUCUACCAUUCAACCAAACUGCUAUGAAAACCCCUUUGGUUCAUUUAUAAGAAUGCCCGUAGAACUUGGAAUUCAGAUUCUAAAAUCCCAGGAGCUAAGCCAAAGGUAGUCAGAAGGGUCAUGAUGCCCUUAUUACACAGGACUACUAUGCCCUCAAAGGGAACUGCUGCCAACAAGAAAUGCCUGAUAGGCAGGAUUAUAAGAACUGACAUUCAUAACAGGUAUCUGCUAGCAUUUGUAUAAUUCUUCAGCUUUCUAAAAUUCUGUUUAGAACUAUGGUCUCUAUCUAGAAUCCAGCACUUACAUAUUCUAGUACAUAUAACGCCAUACGUUAAAAGCUGAGCUUCAGUUAUCUGCUAUACACAAUAACCUUUCUCCUUUUUGUUUAUAGCAUGUUUUCUUCCUGAUUAAUAACUUUUCAUUUGUUUAGUUUGUAUGUAAAGAUCUAUUUGGUGGAAUUACAAUCUGCCUUCCCAUAUGAAAUAUGUUUAUGUUACCACUUUAAUUAUUCAUCUAAUACAAUCUGUAAUGGUUCCUUAAAAAUUAUGUUGGCUCUUUUUCUACUAGUUUUCGUUAUACUGAUGACUAAUCAUUAAAAUCAGAGCAGAAUAUUUAAGAGGUCUGUGGUAGCAAAUGAAUAUAACAGACAUGGUUCUGUACAUGCUGUACUUGAAUAGGCCUCUAAUCUCUUAUUUGAAUGCCUUCCAGAACUGCAAAACAGCUUCAACUUUGAGAACAGUUUAUGGUUUCAUUAAAUAAUAAAAACAGGAAGAAAGGAGCAGUAUUUUAUAAAACUGAGAAUUAAUGUAAGGCUGAAACUGAGUCCCUUCACAUUCUGUUCCAAACUAUAUUAUGAAUAAAGCAUAUGGUCAAAGCUUUCACUUUUCUAUGCAGCCUAUAACAGUAAAGUUUUUCAAAAAAUCUUGAUAUGUCCACUCAUGCCAACAGACACCAAAUGAGUUUUUGAGCAUCUGAUUUUAUUUUAUUUUAAAAUUGUCUUCAUGGCCAGUGUCACCCAUCAAGUGACUCCUAAACUGUAUGAGGCUGCAAGAUAACUCUCUGCCUAUGAUCUGUUCGCUGACAGUGGAUUUGUGAGAAGAUCAGUUAGCUGUCUUUCACAGUUUGAAUGUUUCUGCUCUGAAUCCAUCUUUUCAGUCUUGGUCACUUGCCCAACAUGUUUUUUACCUUCAAAUCUUAAGGCACUGUUCCAUAAUAGAAUGCUGUAACUUCAGUCUUUCUGGUUCACGAAAGAAAGUUUUUCUUGUACGAACAUUUUCCACCAGUAUAGAUUUCUGUAUCUGAUAUAUACCACAAACAACAAUUAAUGAAUUGACCAUCUUAUAUCUAUCCCCACUCUACUGGAAUUCAGAAUGACUAUAAGAUGUCAUUCAAAUGUGCCACAACUAAUCUUUCUCUAGAUCUGGCUUCCACAACCUGAUACCCUGUAUGUUUUGGACUAUAAUUCCCAUCAUCUGGGACUGUAGACCAUGGUGGCUGGGACUGAUGAAAGUUGUAGUCCAAAACAUCUGAUGGAAGACAGAUUAGAGAAAGCUGAUAUAGAUGUAGGUGAUGAUGAUGAUAGCAUGUGAGCAUAUUCCAUCUUUAGUUUGACUGAAAAGUGCUGCUCUCAGUGGGAGAUGAGAGUUUUCCCCAGAAACUUACACAUCACAAUGAGGUGGAAGUGUUGGUGUGGCCGCAUUUUGAGCGGCUAAACCCCGCCCCCAAGCCUCCCCCUGAUAGGAUGGCUGCCAGGGGGUGCGGUGCAGCAACAGGGACAGCAAAGCAGGAAAUGGCUCCCGCUCACAACUCCUCCCCUCUGGGAGGAGGAGAGGCUUUAUUGAUGAGAGGUGAUCUGUUCUUUAGCUUGAGGGGCAAGACUCUCCAGCAAAACUGGGAGUGAGUGCCAUGACAUCACAGAUGGUAGCUGUGACCUGAUCAGUUUGAUCAGGGAGAGGCCAGCACUGCAGGAUUUUCUUAAAACAACUAAUGUUUUAAUUUUCUAAAAAUACUUUCUUGUUAGGAUCGAAUUAUCACAGGCCUAUCAUUGCAUUCAGGAUUAUAUCUGCUUUUGCAAAACUAAGAAAAACUAGCCUAUAGAAGGAUGAAGAAAUAAUAAUGGGGAAAGGGUUCCUUGAAGUUGGGUAAUGUAUAGGAAGAUACAUAACUGUUUACCAAUGUAGAGGUCCUAAUCCAGCUAAAGUUAACUGUUGUUAGUGGGACUUAAGUAGUUGUCCCAUUGACUUCAAUGAGAUCUAAAUUUCUAAUUCUAGAAUAAGUUUUCACUUCUGGUAUAUAUGAGAUUAUAGGAAGGAUUAUUAACUGAAGAAUUUGCUUAUUGGUUGGGCUAUGGGAUGAUCACUAAUUGGCUAGUCAAGGAAUUAGAAAAAGGUUUAGAAGAAUCAAGUGACAUUUGUCAGAUAAUUGUUUAUUUUAACCAAUGUCACAACUCUAUGAUAAUAACCUUCUUGUAUAUAUUUGAUUUCUAACAUUACAAUGUCAAAUUUGUGUAGGCAAGUUCCAUUUGAUUUCCAAGACUGGAAGAGUUGAAAAAAGUGUAGAAGCCCACUGUGGAGCUGUACUUGCAGGGAGAUGGAAUUAUGAGGGAACAGCACUUGUUACAGGUAAGAGGAUUUUUUUUGUAAAAAUGUGAUGGAGAACUGUCUUCAAAAGUAUGUCUUCAAAAGUGAAGUAUAACAUUCAUAGAAAAGAACAUGUACUUUCCUGAAAUGUAGUGACAAAAUUAACAUGACUGAAAACAUACUAGAUGUCUACUGAAUACUGAGAGGGGUUAGAUUGAGAUUUUCUCUUAUUGAACACAAGAAGACUAAAGCAUUUCUAGAUCAGACCAAAUGACCAUCUUGUUCAGCAUCCUGGUCUCACAGUGGCCAACUAAAUGACUAUGGAAAGCCAGCAAGCACAACAUCACUCUCCCCACUUUAGAUUCCUAGCAACUGUUAUUCAGAGGCACAUUGUCCUCUCCAUCCACAGUCCUAGGAUUGCAAAAGUAAUAAAUGAUUGUUAAUCAAUAUUUCCUGGCCAAGGGUCAGUACCCACUGCUCAACUAGCCAAAGGCUGCAUCACAUGUGAAUAGUUUCAACUCCUAUAAAGUUCAGUAAGUUGUUAAGCAACCUUUUGAAGCAACACCAUGAUAAAUGCACAGCAACUGCUUGUCAUUUAAUUCUUGUGUUUAUAUAAGUGAAAAUAAGGCAGAGUUAGGAGUAAGGAGAGAGAUAGUCAAGUUUGCUGAUACUAAAUUGUUGAGGCUGGUAAAAACAGUAAGUAGCUAUAGGGCUGGCCCAAGCAUACCAGCAACAGAAGCAAUUGCACAGAGUGACAAAAUUCCAGGAUCAUUUAUUUUUGUAUUGUAUCCCACCUUUCUCCCAGUGCAGGACUCAAGGCAGCUCACAGCAUGAAUUAAAAUAGAUACAACUAAAAACACAAUAAAUAUAAAUAUAAAUAUAAAAAAACACAAAUAUGUUACCCUAUUAAAAAUAACACCAAAAACAAUUAAACACAUGUAAAAGCACACACAUAAAAGGACACCUGCUGUUUGAAGACCCUGUCACAGCGCAACACACAGAACACAAUAAUCUUUACUUGCUAGUGAAAGCAAAGAGGGGGCCACCCCACCCUCCUGUGGAAAGGAGAUGCACCAUAACUGCAAAGAGGAAGGCUCUACCUGCAGUUUUAGAGAAGGCACAUAUCAGCAGCUUAGGAGCUUAUUUGUGGGGUGUUAUCUCCUACUCUUUGACAGUGGAAUGGGAAGUUGUAGACUCUCCUUCCUUGGAGGUUUUAAGCAGAGGUUGGGUGACCAUCUGUCUUGGAUGCUUUAGUUGAGAUUCCUGCAUUGCAGACUCUUCAUAGGAUGUUAUAUUUGCAAAUAGUUAACAUUUACAUGUUUGGCUUUAAUCACUUUUGAAUGCUUGCAAAUAGGUGCAAUAAAGAUUCUAAUCUGUUAAUGAUUGGACCCAGGAAUCAGGAUAGUAUUUAGUAUAGAUGAACUAAUAUGUAGCACAACACUGUGACAGUCAUUUUAGAAAAAAAAUAAGGAAUAGUAUUCUUGGUCAUUUGUUGUGUAGACAAUAAGACACAAAGAAGCAUAUAGGCAAAAUUAUAAUUUUUGUGGUGUAAAAAAACACUUUGGGCCAGCCAUGAAUAGCUGUUGUCUGUUCACUGUCAAAUAUUUGCCUAUAACAAUGAAAUACUUUAAUGCCAAUAUGCAGUAAUAGCAGGUAGUCUUGUUAUUCCAUUAGAAAAACAACCCAAAAGUAGCAGUAGAGUAAUAUCUUUCUUAGGUCCAACCAAAAAAAUAAACUAACUAAUGAUCAAUAUUUAUCUCAGUAUAAAUUCUUACCUGAUGCUUCCAUUUCUUUAUGCAUCUGGAUGUCUUGUUACAUCCCCUCCUAUUUUGCAUGUUCUGCCCUCACUUGGAGGAAGAGGGAGAACAGGCUAACCUCCCUGUUCCCCAGCCUUACUUAUUGCAAUCUUAGCAGAUUUAGAAAAGCUUUGGGCCCACACCACCUGUGUCAUUUAAUCUCAGUGCCCUGAAAUAGCCACCCUCCGAGGAAGCAUAGUUUUAUAACGUAGAGUAUGCAUCUGUUCCCAUUCUAUAUAUUUCCAAGUUCUUGGGGACAAACAGGGUCAUGCUCAUUCUAUCACCUCCUACAUGAAAAUCACUAGCUAUUACAUCACUUCUUCCAGUCAAUUGAAGCCUCCUGUUAUGACCCACUCCCAACCACUGACAUACUGCAUUGGAGCAUGAUUUAUUACGGUUAUUUUGGAGUGGCAUAGGAAUUCCAGAUGAAUGAGAUGAUGUGGCAUGUGAUUCCUCAAAAAAACAUUAGGAAAUUUUUAUUGUAUGCUAAAUUUGUUUUUUCAGUGUAGUUAACUUAACACAAUGUUAAAAAUUAUGAGUGUUAAAACUGAGAAUUUUAAUUCAGUCAUUUGCAAGGUCGUUGCUAAAUGUUCCUUUAUUCUAGUUGGUGAAGAUGGACAAGUCAAAAUAUGGUCUAAGAGUGGAAUGCUGAGAUCAACUUUAGCACAACAAGGUAAGGUGUUUUAUAUCCUUCUAUGUAACUGCAAUAUAUGUGUGUGUGUGUGUGUGUGUGUGCAUUUGUAUAUUUUCCUACAUUCCCAGAAGAAUUAGUUGAUUCUUCAAUAGCCCUGUACCACAAAUUGUUGUUCGCACUUGUCUGUCUCACAAGACAAUGGAGGAGGGUGCCUUUGGGGGUGAUGUGAAAUUGUGAAGUCAGGACCACCCUGCUUGCCCACCCAGAUCUUGGUAAUACACACAAGAUGUCAAGUUGUGGAUGAGCCAAGUUUUAUUAUGGACUGACAUGACUUUUUAUUUGACUGACAUGUGGGAGGACUAAUGAGCAUGGCUGUCCAGGUCCCAUUAGGAUUUAGUGGCAUAGGUGCCAAUUCCCUGGGGCCCUGGGUGCCCAAGCACAUACAAAAUUCCCCAUGAAGGGGCCGGGCACCCACAACCCCAGGCACUCACAGUCACAGGGCCAAGCUGGCACUCCUGGAAGUUGGAAUGGAGGGGGUGACAAGCAUAAUCUGCCUGUCCCGCCUUUAAUGACGGUAAUAGACUCCAUUUCCAGUGCCUUAUCUCUCCAUACCCAGUGGGUAGAGACUGAAGGUACAUUCUUUCACCUUUGGUGGACAUGCCCAAGGAUUAAGACAUUCUGGGAGAUGAUUUAUAACGAAAUGAAAAAGGUAUUUAAAUAUACCUUCCUGAAGAAACCAGAGGCCUUUCUUCUGGGCAUGGUCGGCCAAUUGGUGCCAAAGAAGGAUAGAACUUUUUUAAUGUAUGCAACUACAGCAGCAAGAAUACUCAUCGCGAAGUAUUGGAAGACACAAGAUUUACCCACCCGGGAAGAAUGGCAGAUGAAGUUGAUGGACUAUAUGGAAUUGGCGGAAAUGACUGGCAGAAUCCGAGACCAGGGAGAAGAGUCGGUGGAAGAAGAUUGGGAAAAAUUUAAAGACUAUUUACAGAAAUACUGUAAAAUUAAUGAAUGUUAGAAAAAUGUUGGAAUGAAGUUAUAUGGCUUUAGUAGAAAUGUUAUAAGGAAUUAAGUAUAAAUAGAUUAAUAGAGAAUUAAAGGGAAAAAUAAGGUUAAAAUGUGUUAAGAUAAUUAUAGGAUAGAAAACAGAGGAAGAUGGAAAGGAAUUGCUGAAACAACUAACAGAAGUGGAAUACAAAAAGGGAGGUGUGAGGAGGUCAUUGAAAUAAGUGAAUGAAAGAUAAGAUAUUGAAACUAUUUGAUGUGUUUUAAAUUGUUUUUGUUUUGUUUUGUUAGUUUAAUGUGUUAGUGUUAUGUAUUGUUUUUGUACUGUAUUGUAUUGUUUAUUUUUUCUUUGUAGUGUUUAAAUUGUUGGAAAAGUAAUAAAUAUUAUUUUUAAAAAAUGAUCUGUAUUUACUUAACUGUUGUGUUUUCAUUCAUUGUUUCUGCUGUUUAUAAAAGGUCUGUAGCGUGGUUUAAUCUGUGAUUUAUAUAGACUUUUUUAUUAAUGUAAUUUUGUACACCAACUUGUCAGUGCAGUGUACUCUGAAAGGCAGUUUUAUUAUUUUUACAAACAAAUAGAAUAAAACAUAACUGAGGAUAUUUCAUUGUGAUUUGGAGCUAAUGUAUUUUAAAUAUGCACUUUUCAAUACUUUUCAGCAAAAUAUUUUGUGUUCAUUUUCUGUUUCAUUGAAAACACCCAACUCUUCUUUACCUUUGUACAUUUAGAUCUUGCACUCUCUUGACAUUAAGAAGUCACAUGCAACUGGGUUUGGUGAAAUGUCAGACCUUUAUCUCUUCCUUUCUCAAACAAAAUCUCUAAAUUCUCUUAGCCUAUGAAAGACAUUUCUAACCACAAAAAUAAAAAACAAAGAGAUUUCAACUGUUUGAAGGAAGUUUCUAUCACAAAUGCAGCAUGUUUUCUCAUUUGCUGUGAAAAACCCCCAAGAUGAGCCAACAGUACAUGUUGACAUUUAGUUUUCUAUCAACACAGUUAAUAGAAUGUUUGUGCCUUAUUCCUGGCAGGGUCUUGCUUUCUUCUGAAAUUACACAAAAGUCUCAUGUGUUCUAGCAACUAGCAAUACUGGAUAUUAUUCUUACCUGAUAUUUUUAACAUUUUAGACGUAUUUGUAUAUUUUUGAAAUGUAUUAUAAAAAUAAUUUUAGCACAAGUUAGUGAAUGUAUUCAGAAGUAUUUUAAUUUCAAACACAGUUUUCUGAUUUCUUAUUAAAAUGCUCAUCACUUAAAUAUGAGACUUAGGCCUAAUGGACAAAUGUACUAAGAGACCAAGGAAGGAUAGGAUAGGCAAGAACGGAAGGAAAGGCAACUUUUUUUUAAGGUUUUAUUUUAUUUCAUAGGCUUAUACAAAGUAACAUGGAUUUUGACCUAUAACAUAUGGUAGAUUAUGAACAGAUACAUUCAUCUAAAGACUUUCUUUUUAUUGUAGAGUGAAUUCAAUAAUAUUCUUCAUCAAUGUACUUCUGUAACUGUUGUUUUUUUUUGGGGGGGGGGUUGGGAAUUGAAUUAAAUAUAUAUAUAUUCUAUUUCCUGUACAGCCUAAACACUUUUUAAAAAGUGCUUGUGACAAAAAUUAAUUAUGUUACUAUGAAUAAUUAUAGUGCAUAGUGGUGUUAAUAGUACAAUAUUAAGAUAAAGGUAAAGGGACCCCUGACCAUUAGGUCCAGUCAUGACCGACUCUGGGGUUGCGGUGCUCAUCUCGCUUUAUUGGCCCAGGGAGCCGGCGUACAGCUUCCGAGUCAUGUGGUCAGCAUGACUAAGCCGCUUCUGGCGAACCAGAGCAGCACACGGAAAUGCCGUUUACCUUCCUGCCGGAGCAGUACCUAUGUAUCUACUUGCACUUUGACGUGCUUUCAAACUGCUAGGUUGGCAGGGGCAGGGACCGAGCAACGGGAGCUCACCCCGUCGUGGGGAUUCGAACCACCGACCUUCUGAUUGGCAAGUCCUAGUCUCUGUGGUAACCCACAGCGCCACCCUUUUAUAUACUGAAGAAGAGCAAAGGAGAGGAAAAUAAACUACAGUUACAGUAGAAUUAGAAGAUGCUUGCAGUUUUAAUAUAUUAGAGCAUGAGCCAUCCAAACUUAAAGAACUUUGAAGGCUCAUAAAUUCCAAUUGGAGAAUUAGGCUUGCGCUCACUAAUUGAUCCAGUCACUCUUCAGAGCACUUCAUGUUGACUGGAUCAUAUACACAGGGUUAGCACAAUUUAGAAUUGCCCCAGGUAAUGAAGCAGGUUUGUCCUCCCCCCCCCCCCCGGCAUGCUAGAAGGUAAGCUAGUAAAAACUAAUAAAUUAGUUUACCUUUCAGAUAAUAACACAUUAUGCUAUUUUAGUAAUCUAUUUGCCCAACUCUUAAAUCUAAAGGAUAAAGAAAGUCAGUUGAGAAUAUUAAAUCUAUCUUGAGCCCUGAUUCUUGUCUUCUGACUCCUCACAGCCUUUGCAUGCUCUCAUCCCAAUACAUAAAUUUGUGGCUAGUCAAAAUGCUGUCACUCAUUACAUGUCCCCGAUGCUCAAUCAUGCUGAAGAGGUUUUUUUCCAGCUUCUGUGUGAGGACCAUAACAUUCGAAUUUGCCCCUACCAUUGCCUCCCAAAUACUGUGUUUCUGGCUGUAUCAUCGGUUUCUCUUACUGGAUAUCUUGUUGGAAUAUAGUGAAAAAUGAGCUCCCAAUCUUUCCCACUCAAAAUUCCUCCCACACAGAUACAGUACUAUCAUCUCUGCUUUUAAAAUUCAUUUUUUUUCUUGCCUUAUUGUUAAUUUGCUACUUCUAUUUUUAGUAGAAUUUGUACUGAUGGUUUUUUUUUAAUUAUUUGGUCCAGACUCCCACUUACAGAAAUGUACAAUUUCCUUAUAUCCCGCCUUCUUGCCCUUUCUCCACUGCCUCUCUUCCAGUUGCCUUGUCCUCCCCACCUGCAUCUUCUGCCUGCUACUGCAGUCCUGUUUCUGCUACAGUGGUACCUCGGUUAAGUACUUAAUUCGUUCCGGAGGUCCAUUCUUAACCUGAAACUGUUAUUAACUUGAAGCACCACUUUAGCUAAUGGGGCCUCCUGCUGCUGCCGCGCCGCCGGAGCACGAUUUCUGUUCUCCUCCUGAAGCAAAGUUCUUAACCUGAGGUACUAUUUCUGGGUUAGCAGAGUCUGUAACCUGAAGCAUCUGUAACCUGAAGCGUAUGUAACCCGAGGUACCACUGUACUAGACAGAUCACUGUGGGGCUACUCCAGCUUCCUUGUUCAGCCCUAAAAUGUAUGUUACCCCUGUUGUGCCCUUUCAAGUCUACAGAACAGCGCUCUGUAUUUGUUCCUCAGGCUGGAAAGAGCUGUGAGAGGAUAAGUUAAAAGACAGCAGAAAGGGAGAAUCAUAGUCAAACUCUCAUCAGCACAUUUGGAGGUUCUUUAAAACCACUGUAAUAGAAGCUUGUGUAGAAUAUAUAUCACAUAUUACAAAAGCGAAGAAGUCAAAGCUUAGAGGAAGGUAUAAAAGGGCAAGAAAACUUAUUUUACGUUUCGUUUUCAAAACUCAACCUUUCACUUAUUUACUAGGGCCUAAUUCAGAAAAUACUGUUUGAAUAUGGGUUCAUGGGAACUAGCCAUAGCAACCAAAGCACCUUUGCCAAUAAAAAUAAAAUAAACCAAAGCAAUCUAAUAUUCAUUGGCAUCUUAAUUUAUUGAUUGAGGUGGUAAUGAUAUCUGAAAUCUGCACUCCAUUGUUAUAAAACCCUAUAUAUCUGUAAAUAUACAUGUAGCUUUCAAGCAGUGCAGAUUUUACUGUUGGAAUGCAGAUAAGGCACAUGCUAGUAUCUUUUACUUUUAAUCAGGCAAGUCUCACAGUAUUGGAAAAAUAUGUCAGUGCUGUCUGUUUUUAAUGCGUGUGAAAGGAAGCAAAGUUUCACGGGUAGCAUCUGCAGUGCACAUUAAAACCCCAUUACAUCAAAAGGAUAAUUCCCUGCUUUUGCUUAUAUAUUUUUAAUUAAGUAAUUUAAUUAGUUUAAUUAGACCUAGGCAUACCAACAGACCUUUUAAUCCAAAUCUGUAAUGAUAGCUAAUACUGUAUAUGUCAAGCACAGACCUUCUCAGCAUGUGGAAUGCAGCUAUGUUAACUCAUAUAGCCAAUCUCCAUUCUUUAUCUUUUCCUGUCUCUCUCAGUGGCAGCAGCAACCUCUACUGUACCUCUCUUAAUCUUCAACACCCUUGGCUGUUGUUUGAAUCAUGCUUUUUAGAGCAGUCUUCCGCUAGAACGUUGCUGUUUUAUACCUUUGCUAGUGGUGGUAUAGCAAUGAGAGAGUCUCAGAAAAUGUUAGCAUUGAGAAAGUUUGACUUUAUUCCAUAAAAUAUAACUUGUGUUACAGUCCUAAAACUAGAGCAGGAUGGGAUUAUAAGGAUUUGGGGAUAACAGUGCUAUAAAGCCAUAUCAGAGUCUAUACCAGGUCCUAAAGCUGGGACCUUGUAGAUCUCAAACAGAGACUAAAUUUAUAUACCACUGCGAAAUCGGUCACCUCACAGUCCCUGCAAUGAGGCCAUUUCUUAUACCCUUGCUUGCGUCUCUGGAGCCUACUUUGUCACAGCUAUCAAAUAAGGGUGGCACUAGCAUUGCUAUAGUCUAAAGCUAUGGUGCUGUUUCAGUAAAUUCUUAUGUUUCUUGCUGUUGAUAGAUCUAAUGCCAACUUGCAGGAUCUAAACAAACUCCAGAUGGAGUGAUGCAGGUCAUGCAAUAACCCUGAUCCUCUGUCAGAACUAUCAAUUCUGAUCUGGUUCUUUGAUAUGAGGAACAAGAAACAGCCUGCUGCUAAUCCCUGCUAUUUGCUCAGCUCCUCCUUCCUGCCCUUCCUGCUCUGCUUCGAUCCUGUACAGACAUAAACUUUGACAUACAUCAACACUGAGUUUGGUUAUUCCCCUCCAGGUACUCUGGAUUAGUCUGAUGUGCUGUCUUUUUAAGGACUGAAAUUGCUGCCAGCUGGAGCCAGUUGGACUCUUUAUGUUUGAACUCAUUAGCCCACUGGUGAUAAAUACGUAACAAUAACUAAAGUCCUAAAAUCUAAAGACAAUAUCUAAUUCUGCUCAUCUGCUUUCAGAAAGGACCUCUGCUCACACAACAUGACUUCGUCUGCUCCCCUCCUUCUGCACAUGUGGAGGGGUGCAGGAGGGAGGAGAGAAAAGGGAAAUCCGCUAGCACAACAUUGAAUUUCUCUUUAAUAUUCCAUUGAAAACCCUAACCAUUUCCACAAGAAGCCAGCCCAGAUAGAAACACCUUCCAAUAGAGGCUUAUGCUUUGUAAAGUCUUCAGGAAAAGAGAAUUCCCUGUGUGUAAUUGCUUUCUUAACCUAUUGGCCUGCUAACCUCCAAGUGCCUUUGGGCAAGCAGGAACGCAUCUCACUAGUUGGUGCCCAUGGGCCUGUCCCUCCUAGGUAGUGGUUUGUAAGUUUACAACAACAGCUGGGGUUAUUGGUUUGUUAUGUUCUUGUUUUUAUUAUGUAUUUUGUGUUUUUAUCUUGUAUUUUUAUUCUGUGAACCUCCCAGAAGUUUAAUAAAUAAAUAAUAGUUGCAUGCCACAGUAGCUGACCUUGGUUACAGUAACUGCCAUCCAUUUUUAACAGUACAGUCUCUGUAAAUUUGCCUUUUUAAAACAGAUCAGAUAUCAGUGCUAGAAAAUAUUGGGCCUUACUCAGCAAGUUAGCAGGAUUUCCUACUAAUAUACAUACUAAUUUUUUUUAGGAGUACUCUCAUUUACCUUGUUGUUGUUUAGUCGUCUUAGUCGUGUUCAACUCUCCGUGACCCCAUGAACCAGAGCAUGCCUUGGAAACUCUCACUUUCUUCUCAAAGCUUCUCCUUUUUAUGUCCAUGGAGUUUUCAUGGCAAAAUGCUGGAGUGGUUUGCCAGUUCCUUCUCCAGGUGAAUCACAUUUAGUCUAAGCUCUUGGCUAUGACCUGUCCAUCUUGGGUGGCACUGCACGGCAUAGCUCAUAGCUUCAAGCCCCUUCACCACGACAAGGCAGUGAUCCAUGAAGGGGAUUUACCUACUCAUAUUCAAAUACUGCCCCUCAAUGAGGCCAAACUUAGAUUCACAAAAUAUUUAGGGGUAUGCGUACCCCUGCGUCCCCCCAGAAAAAAGCACUGCUAAUAUAUCCUUACUUCUUUUCUCUCUCCCUUUCUCGGGCUUUUCUACAGGCACACCGAUAUAUUCAGUAGCAUGGGGUCCUGAUUCUGAAAAGAUUCUUUAUACAUCAGGAAAGCAGUUGAUUAUCAAACCACUGCAACCAAAUGCUAAAGUUCUGCAGGUAACCAUUACUGUAAUGCGAAAUGGGAUUUAGCCUUUCAUACGGUUUCAGGAUAUUUGUAUUAAUAUAUAUUUAUAUAAAAUAUUUAUAUAAUAAAAAACUGUGUGUGCAUCAGAAGUGGCUGGGUAACCCCAGCCAGAUGGUUGGCGUAUAAAUAAUAAAAUUAUUAUUAUGUUAUUAUUUUGGCAGGAACAUUGUCAUUCACAACAGUGUUAAGGACUAACUCACCAGUGUUGGCAUAGAGAAUACAGUACUUUCAUAUAUGCAAGUUCAUGUGUGGAACAGAGCCUCAGUAUCCACAUUACAACUAUUAUUAGGAUUAUUAUUUAUUCAGUUUACAUACCACCCUUUAUCAGAAGAUCCCAGGGCGGUAUACAAUAUAAAAAGCAGAUUACAGAAGAUAAAAACAUACUGACAGACAGCGUAAUAAUGACGUAAAGGUAAAGGUACCCCUGCCCAUACGGGCCAGUCGUGUCUGACUCUAGGGUUGUGCGCUCAUCUCACUUAAGAGGCCCGGAGCCAGCGCUGUCCGAAGACACUUCCGGGUCACGUGGCCAGCGUGACGAAGCUGCUCUGGCGAGCCAGCACCAGCACAACAUACGGAAAUGCCGUUUACCUUCCCGCUAUAAAGCGGUACCUAUUUAUCUACUUGCACUUAGGGGUGCUUUCAAACUGCUAGGUGGGCAGGAGCUGGGACCGAAAGACAGGAGCUCACCCCGCCGCAGGGAUUCGAACCGCCAACCAUACGAUCAGCAAGUCCUAGGCACUGAGGUUUUACCCACAGCGCCACCCGCGUCCCAAUAAUGACAUAGUCAUCAUAAUAACUGUCCACUCCCCCACAGGCCAUAGAUUAUUUAAUAGCCAUAGGCCAGGGUAAAGAGGAAUGUUUUUGCCUGGCACCAGAUAGUUCAAGGCAGUUGUUGUAAUCCUGUGAAAUAAAUGGGCAUUCUCUUCACAUGGUGCUAUAAUUCUAAUUGCGCUUCUUAAAAGGUAAUGCAACUGUUUGUAUGUACACAUAACACUUCUACUUUCCUUAACAGAGGUUGCACAAUCACUCAUUAAAACCACAGUUAAGCAUUACAGGGGAUCAAUAUUAACUGCAAUUAAGGCUAACCAGACUUAGCCAGAAUUUGAAAUAAGUUUAGAAACUGUGGUUGAAAGUGGUGCUGAUGUAAUGCUUAAUCAUGAUUGAGGAGGCUGGGGAGAAAGGGAUUUGCACUCACUCAAGUAGGGAACCACUGGGAAGAAAAAGCACAAAAUCUUGCAACCCAGUCCUGAUUGUUUAAGCACAGUUAAUCAGUCAUGAAUGUUAAGUGUGCACCAGCACAGCGUCUUAACAGGACUGACACCUAGAAGUGCAUAUAGUCCUAAACAUUGGAACACAUACGGAUUCAUAACUAUUCACCCUACAUUGCAGAACCUAGGCCAUUUUUAAAAAAAUUAUCCAAAAAGUACACAGUGGGUGAACAUUUAUUUUUAUCUAUCCAAAUGUUUUUAUAUGGAUUGUGCAACCUAACUUAGAGAGAGCUCUGUUGCAAAAGUAAUAUAUGACUGAUAUAUAGUUAGUUUAUUCAAUCUUAGCAGAAAGUUGUUGUGAAAGAGAAUGCAUAAGCAGUUUGCUUUGUUGUACAAUAGAUUAUGUCAUCAUUGUACAUUGAUUUUCCGAUAGAGCAAUGGUUGCAUUGGAUUCCCUUGUUGCGCUAUAUUAAAACUCACCUGUCCUCCAGCACAAGAGCCCUUGUGCUAGCAGACAGAGAACACUGGAUAUGUGGUUGGGCCAGUAUUAGAUUUUCUAGAUCCAUUUCAAUUGGGGUUUAGGCCCGGUUUUGGCACAGGAACUGCUUUGGAAUGCUCUUCCCAGAGAGGUGUGCCUGGUGCUUUCAUUACGUAUCUUUAGGCACAAGGGGAAAAUGUUUUUCUUUGCCUAAGGUGAUUAACUUUCUAUGGGCUUUUAAAUGUGUUUGUGGGAGUGGGGGUUAUUGGUUUGUUCUUGUUUCUAUUACGUAUUUUGUGUUCUCAUUUUGUAUUUUUGUAUUUUGAUCUUCAGAUGAAGGGCAGUAUACAAAUUUUGUGAAUGAAAAUGGAAUUUACAUCUUGCAAUUGUAGCUCUUUGUAAUAUACAAAUAAUAACAUCCUCCUGACUUGUUUUUUAAAAAGUUUAUUUCAAUUCUAUUUUCUUCUACAGUGGAAAGCUCAUGAUGGAAUUAUUCUAAAAGUUGAUUGGAACUCUGUCAAUGAUCUUAUUCUAUCAGCUGGUGAAGAUUGCAAAUACAAGGUAUGUAUUAUUUUCAACAACAAAAAUGCAGUGAAGUAAAAGAGUUUGUUAUUCAGAACACAUUCCUUUAAAUGUCUUUUAUUCUUCAGAAUUAAUAUAUCAGCCAACCUUAUUUAUGGCUAAAUAUUUUUAAAGUACUGCUUAUGCCUGCCCACACUAGUGUGCUAGAACAAAAAUUAUUUUCAUAGAAGAGCAGCGAAGUAAGAGUGAUUGCAUCAUAAAAAACUAGAUAGAUUGGUAAAUCAAAACUGUAAUAUAGAUAUUACUAAAUUAGAUCCAUUAAUUCUAAUCAGUCUAUUAUGAGUAGAACUUAGUUGGAUAUAACCCAUAUUACCUCAGUCUGCCCAUACUGAGCAAGCCAAAUGACCUUUUUACUUGGAUCACAUAGUGUUCCAAGGAUCUCAUGCUGUGUAACUGGUCCAAAGAAGGAAAUGCCUGUGCACAUACUCUAAAUAUGCUUGGCAGGGGGUUGGACUCGAUGGCCCUUGUGGUCUCUUCCAGCUCUAUGAUUCUAUGAAAUAAGGUGUGGGGUAAGGUGACUAUUUGAAGGAAUGAACUUCAGAAUAUCAAACUGGGGGCACGGAAUACUGAUGAUGAGAUACAUAAAACAUCUGAGCAGACCUGGUACUACUCUUGGUUUUCCCCAUGUCAAUUACUUCAGUAGUACCCCCAGCCACACAUAUCCAAGGUAUCCCAUUAUUUAUGAACCUUAAUCCAUUGUAGCAUGUAGAGCAAAGGGAAAGAUCUGGACAGAUCCUCCACUUGGAGAGUGGAUAUAAAGGGUGGGAGUGGAGAAAGGACUGGAAAUAGCCAUUGCUCCCACUUUGGGUAAUAUACAAGAAAAGUUAUGUAGUUCUGAAACAUGAUUCGUAUUUGGAAAACAAGUAAGACUCCUUUGAAAUAUGAUGUCAUUAACAACAAUUUUUUAAUGGUUUUAUAGGUGUGGGAUAGCUAUGGUCGUCUAUUGUAUAGUUCACAGUCACAUGAGUAUCCUAUCACUUCUGUUGCUUGGGCUCUGGAUGGGGAGUUAUUUGCUGUGGGGUCCUUUCACACCUUACGACUUUGCGAUAAAACUGGGGUAAGUAACUGAUGAUUUGAGAAUAACUCUUGUUUUGGGGUGUCUGUCCAGUGGGGUUCUUUAUAAAUUAUUUCCUGGUGUGCUUAGUAGAUUCACUUUUAGAAAAGAAUGCUGUAGACAUUAAAAAUCUAAACUUUAUAAAAUUGGACCAUAACUUAGAAUUUUUAAUGUAUAUACUAUAUAUUUGUUUACUUAGUAGUAAAGAAGAAUAGUAAAGAAAUUUCACUGGUACAUCUUAUAUUUCUAAUUUAAAGUUUUACAGUCAAAGGAUUUUCAUCUUUUCAUUAUGCUAUGUGAUUAAUAAGCAGUCUUAUUCCCCUGUCAACAUACAACACUUCCAAGAGAACUGUACUGGUUACUUAUUUGCUACUGGGCCAUGUUUGAGGUAUUACUAUUGGUAUAUAAAGCCUUAGCCACUUGGAAUCAGUUUACUUGAGGCAUCACUUUACCCCAUCUGUGCCCACUUGACUGCUUCAGUAUGCGCAACUGGCCCUGUUUCAGGUGCCACAUAAUACCCAUUCUACACUUCGAAGAAAUCAGUAUUUUAGUGUGGCAGAAAUUACAAUUAAAAGGUCCCUUCCUAUUGACAUCAGGCAGGUGCCUUCACUGUACCCUUUCUGGUGCCUGCUUAGAGCAAAUUUAUUUAGGCAAGUCUAUCCAGGCAUGUAGAAGUUACAAGUGUGCUAUUUCUUUUUAGCUACUGUUGAUUUUAAUAAUCAUUUGAGUAUUUUAAUAGCUGCUUUUAAGUUACAAUUUUAAUGUUUUGUUUUCUAUUUCUGGAAACUGCCUAGGGUUUGUUUGCAACCAAUCUCUUAAAGUUGGUGGCUUAUUUCAGGGCAGGUUUUGAAUGUGCUUUGUCAAGCAGAAACGAGGAACUGAUCAAAAUACCUAUUAGACUGAGUAGUGGAUGAAAUGCCCACAAAUGAAAUGUGCCUAUUCAGGAUUCCUGCUGAUAAGGGGGAAUAUGCUGGUAGUGAUCACCCAUGUUGCGAGGUGGGAGCAGGCUUCCGUUCUUAAUGGGGUUGUCAUAUCCCAGAGGCUAAUAUAGCAUUGAGAGGAAUUUGAGUUCCUUGCGGGCAGAGAUCACUUCAUAGCACUACACAAACUUCUACCAGCUUCUUUUCAGCCUCUGGUAAUCUGAUUACUCCACUAGGAUUGCCACCCUCCCUGUGGGCUGUGAAUGACAUGGGUCUGAGGUGUAAUUGCACACAUGUGCUCCUUGACUCUGCACAGAAGUGCUGAAUUAGGCUUCGGAUUUCUAUUCAUGUAUGCAUGUUUCACUCACGUUUCUAGAACUGUUUUGAACAAUGUUACUCUCUUUCCUCUUGCUACGCAUGCCCAAGAGCUCAAAAUGUGUCCAAGUUGACAUUUAAAUCAAAAGGAAAAAAUGUGGUGCUGCAAAUGAUCAUUCACAUCGCUUCACAUAUAUAGCAAAUUAGAAACAGAUAUUAAAUUUAGUUAAUAAGGAAGUUCAGAAAUUAUCAUUUUCCUCUGAAUCUGAAAAUCUAUUAUAAAUCAUAGCUUCAAGGUCUAUUCAUCACUAAUUUAUUUUUACUUCUAAAAUACUUCUUACUCAACUAAGUAGGUGGGAUAUUUAGUUUUACGUUUUUUAACUUUCAUCUCAUUUAAUAGUUGUUUUUGCUUUAUUUCUGGCUAGAAAAAAAAGGAUAAAUGGCUAUUUCUGAUUUAGGUUGACUAAGGUUCUCUGACAAAAUAGUAUUGUUUGGAGCUUUUCAAUCAUAAUCUUUUCAGACCAGAAAGUAUGCUGUUCAUAAAAUAAGCUGCGAUUUUGUGCCAAAAUAAUUGAUUUUCCAAAGACAGUGUUUGCAGCUGAAGCAUUAAAGUAGGUAAAUUGCUAAUCAAUCAUGAAGACUAGUUCUUGUUAUAGUGAUUCACAUCUGCCAUAGUAUAUUCUAUUUGAUCAUAAUUAAAUAUAAUUAUAAAGAGUGAAAUAGAGUUUCCUCCAGGUACUGGCAUGAGAGUGAGCUAAGUUUGUAACAGUAGAGUUACCAUCCCUUUCAACACCUUACCACUCCAUGAAAGGGUCUCAUGCUAGUGUAACUUUAGUAUGCAAUAGUCUGGUAUUAAAGUGUUUUAUACUGAAAUAUUAAAAAUGCUACAUAAAUUUUUAUGUUGGCUUUUAAAAAGAAAACUUUCUAAUACAUAACAUUUUUGAUAUGAUUCACAUUUCCCGGUUUCAUACAUUUCUCUCUUGUCCUCUCUCACUCCAUUCCACACUCGCUUGUCCUUUCAUACUUCCUUCCUCUCUGCUUCCUCUCAGUCUUUGUCUCCUACUUCUCUGUUCUGCAUACACUGUUCAUGGUGAGGAUUCACAGCCACAAAAGAAAGACAAUAUAGGUACUUUACAUCUCAGUUAUGAACAUUAUUAGCAGACAAUAAAUCACGUUGCACUAGUAUUUUACAGUCCAGAAGCUGACUUUCAUUUUACAACAGCUUGUGACUUCUGGUCCUUCCUCAAACAACUGUUAUCAUAUUUGCACCUGCUGUACAGCUGUAAUAUUUUGAGUGGUGCCUUAAUUUUCUUUGACUAAGCAGUGUGCCACCACCUAUUACCUAGCCUGACUCAGAUUAUGAAUAUUGGAAUCCAUGAUUCAUCAGUCACAUAGCGCCUCUUGUUGUGCUGACUUCAGCGAUAGCUGCGCAAAGCCUCUUCAGCAAAGCAGGAGGAGGAACGCUCCCGCUUCACUGAAGAGGCUUUGUGCAGCUAUCGCUGAAGCCAGCACUGCAAGAGGGAGAGCUGCACAGCGCCUCUAGCGCCUCUUGUUGUGCUGGCUUCCCAGCGAAGCAGGAUGAGCGACGGAAGGGGCUCCAUAAGACGCACACACAUUUCCCCUUACUUUUUAGGAGGAAAAAGGUGUGUCUUAUGGAGCGAAAAAUACGGUACAUUGUUGAUAAUGCAAUAGAUAAUUGAAGAAUAUGUUUGAAAGUAACACUAGCCUAGUUAGAACAUAAUGCUAAACCAUGGUUUGCACAACAUCAGUGACAAGGAAUGAACAUGAGCAAAGCUUUAAAAUGAAUCAUCCCCAGAGAUGUGAAGGCCUAGAAAGAAACUGGAAAAAUCAACCCACCCAAUUUUCCAUUCCCCCCCCCCCGCAAUUUUCCUGGGAAAAAUUGAAAGAAUGGGAAAAUGGGGGGAGUUUGGGUACCCCCCCAUUUUUCCUGUUUUUUCCUGGGCUUUCACAUCUCUAAUCCUCUCCUCCCAUGCAGCUGUGAGAAGGACUUUGCCAGUGUUUAGUUUCAUGUUCCCCUAAUCUUGACUUGUUGCAUAAGAACCAGGGAUCAUGGUUUAUUUCAAACUAGUCAGUUUCAAAACAAGCAAACUUCAAACCAUGAGUUAUGAAGCUGGCUUGUUUAACUAACCAGAGUUUCUGAUAAACCACAAUCUCUGGUUUAUAUGCAACAACAAGUCAAGAUUAGGGGAAAGUGAAGCUAAAUGCUGGCAAAAUCCUUCUCCAGUCUACGCAGGAGGUGGAGAAGGUAGGGGGAGUGUGUGAGCCCAAGGCUUUGCUUGGGCUCAUUCCAUCUCAUGCAUGUAGUGCUAAAUAGUGGUUUAGUGGUAUGUGAGAACAUGGCAAAUGAGUCAGAAACUUUUCCCCAAAAUCUGUCACGACAAAGCCAUAAUCUGAAUAACUUCUCUGUAUGCAUUGUUCGCAUUCGUAGGCUUGCUAAUUUCAGACUGCAAUCUUAUUCAUAUUUACUUGGGAGUGAGCCAUAUUGAAAACAGCAGCAUUUACUUCUAGUAGAGCUUAAUAGGAUUUCAAAUUACUGUAUUUUUUGCUCUAUAAGACUCACUUUUUCCCUCCUAAAAAGUAAGGGGGAAUGUGUGUGCGUCUUAUGGAGCGAAUGCAGGCUGCGCAGCUAUCCCAGAAGCCAGAACAGCAAGAGGGAUUGCUGCUUUCACUGCACAGCGAUCCCUCCUGCUGUUCUGGCUUCUGAGAUUCAGAAUUUUUUUUUUCUUGUUUUCCUCCUCCCAAAACUAGGUGCGUCUUGUGGUCUAGUGCGUCUUAUAGAGCGAAAAAUACGGUACUAAAUUUUCAAAUUGUAAAUUAUUUGCAACUCAAGAUGUGGCCUGCUGAAUUCAGUUACACUUCUUAGAAUUCAGUUACAGCCUAGAAGAGUGUUCUUUAAAUUAAACCUCAUUUCUUCUUUAAUUGAGGGGCCCGCCCUGUGGAACACCCUCCCAGCAGAUGUCAAAGAGAUAAACAACUACCUGACAUUUAGAAGACAUCUGAAGGCAGCCCUAUUUAGGGAAGUUUUUAAUGUGUGACAUUUUAAUGUAUUUUUAAUCUUUGUUGGAAGCCCCCCAGAGUGGCUGGGGUACAAAUAAUAAAUUAUUAUUAUUAUUAUUAUUAUUAUUAUUAAUUUUAACUCCAUUGAAAAUCUGAGAGAAUACUUUGUAAUACAACAGUAUAGAGUUUAUGCUGGAUUUCAGGAAGAAUCCUCUUCACACAUGAAAAUUUCAUUCAAGGAGGGGCGGAGAAUUGGGGGGAAGCUGCACACCUGUACUUGUUAAUAACCUAACCCAGCAGCUGUGAGGUAAUGGGCUAGGAGCUGAUCAACCAGUCAGCUUCUGGUUUAUUGCAGCAUCACUGCCUCAUGAAGACCAACAUCUUGGGUCAGGGCAUUACCAGCACUCCACGCAUCAGCAUUGGUGGCCACAUGCUUGAGGUGGUGGACUAUUCUGUCUACCUGGGCUCCACCAUAGCCAGCAUACUUUCCAUUGACACUGAGCUGGAAAAGUGUAGGUAAGGCAGCUAUGGCAAUAGCUCUCUCCAAAAGGGUAUGGGAGAAUGUUAUACCUGCGAGGAAUGACAUCUAAAUCCAUAUGUGCUGUGUCCGGAAGAUUUUGGGCAUCGCGUGGCAGGGCAGAGUUUCAAAAAAAAGAUGUGCUCUAUCAUACCCACAUUCCCAGUAUGUUGGCACUUCUGUCUCAGUGACAUCUACGUUGGCUUAGUCAUGUCCACAGAAUGGAAGAUGGCAGGAUCCCCAAGGAUAUGCUCUACAGGGAGCUGGCUUCAGGCAUCAGACCUGUUGGCAAACCAACUCUGCAUUACAAAGAUGUCUGCAGACGUGGCAUGAAGACUGGAAACAUGAACCCUGCUGUGUGGGAGCCCCUUGCAGACGACCUCAGUGCUUGGAGACAGUCAGGUUGUGUAUCCACAACAGUGACCAGAGGAGGAAUGACCACUGGGAGGGAGCGCAGAGAGAAGAAACACCAUAGUGCAUCUGUAACAGUGAAACCAGAUGCCUUCAUCUGCCCCAGCUGCAACAAUCCCAUAUUGGUUUCUACAGCCACAACAGGCACUGUAACUCCAACAGCUUGACCUCAGUGGCACACUCUUUCAUAGUCUUUUGAGACUGAUGAAUAACAACUGGAUUAGCUUGGAAGGGGCAGAGGCUGGUGCUACCAGUUGGAGCAGGGGCAUGUGGUAAAGGGUGCUUGGAGGAGGGCAUUUGGAAAUAGCAGCACUGGUGGACCCUGUUGGAGUUUAUGGGUGCUGGCAAAUGUUUCAUAAUGUCGGGUGUUGAUUCUGGAUUGAAAGGAAGCUGAAUCUGGUCCACUUGAAGGAUUUCAAAAUCCAUUGUUGGUCAUUGCCUUCAUACAGAUCCACCAAAAUAGUUCAAAACAACAAGCAAGCUUUCAGGUUCCCAAAGCUGUUCAUUAAUCAAUUAGGCUGGAUACUCAGCUUUCCUCCACUCCGCUCCCAUUUUGCUACCUUAAUGGUGAAACCCCAAAUUCUGCAUUUAGUCAUAGCCUUAAGAUAGACUCUGAGGAGGAGACUGCAGACUAAGUAAAAGCAUCACUUGUUGCAAAUCCUGAUGUUAGUUACUCCCAAACAUUUUUCAGCCACUGUGUCAUACAUUCAAGCUAUUAAUGGAAAAAAUCCCCUACUUCACUCUUUCAACAAUUAUAGGCAAAGUGAGAAUUCUAAUCCAUGGUAUUGUUUAUGAGUCUGGCAUCGGUAUGAAUUAUUUUUGAUUUAUAAACACAAAAUAUAUAGGUGGCGUAUUUGUUUUGAAGCAUAAGAAGAAUGAGAGAAGAAACACAAACUUUACGGAGACUUUUCUUAAUCAUUUGUAAGUUCAUCUAUUACAGAACACACAGCAUAAAAUAUUGAAGUUAAGUCUGUUUACAGAAAAAUACUUUAAAAUGGGACUUUCUUCCUACAGAGGAAUGGGGAGGGGAUUAACAGUAGCUAAAGCCAGAUACUAUCUAUUCCUUUACAGCUGACAGGAAUAAUUUAUGAGGCUUGCCUCCUUCGUUUUUGCUGCUUCAUGCAAUUUUUUUCCUUGACUUAAAUAUAAAUAGCUCCUAAAGAAUUAGCCAAUGCUGGUGCUGAGAGAGAAGAGAGAAUGAGUCACAUAACCAGUGUGAUAGUGUUUGAAGAGAACCAGACCUGGCUUUCUGGUCAACACAGACAUUUUUAUUGUGUCUGAUGUAAUGGAGCUGAAUCAGCGAAUUGCUCCCUCGAGAGCCAUCAGGAGAUAUACAUAUCAUUAACCCUUCUACAGCAUAUGCAACUAGUUACAAAGCAUAAUUUAAUUAAAUAUGCUAACAAAUACUCUUUUGCUUCCAUCUCUUUUCUGCUUUUCAUCUGUUCCUAUAUAUAUAUGUGUGUGUGUGUGUGUGUGUGUGUGUGUGUGUAUGCGUGCCACUUUUACAGUAGUACUGCUUAGAAACAGACUUCAGUUCAAAUGUCAUGCAAUUUCAUGAAAAGCAACAACACGCAGUAUUAGAAUUAACUUUGGUAGGUGCUCCUAACAUUUGUGCCAGGUGUAGAUUAUGUUCAAAGCCAAACACAUUUCUACAUAUAAUACAAAAAACAGUUGCAUUUUCUUUGUCCCUGAUUUUUAAAAUGCUAAGUGUCUGAAGAAAAGACCAGUGCCUGACGCCUGUGACUAUUCAUACAUACCUUGUGGGUGACUUCCUGUGGGUUUGUAUGCCUGCUUUGACACUGUUGGUCAUGUCGCAUUACUCUUACACAGAAAUAGAAAUCAGGAAGGACUGAGGCCUUCUAAUAUUCCCCCACCCCCGCAGUUACAGAAAAUGAAUCACAAGAGAGGACCCCUUUCUCAGUGCCCCAGAGAAUGAAAGAGACAUUUAUAUAAAGCAUAAAGAACAUUAUAAGCCACAGUCAGUACGAGUGCACACACACAUAUACAUGAUUUUUUGUUGUUACAAUCAUUUAGUCAAUCUGGUCCUUCAUAUAAAGGAAUGUUACUUUUCUGCUUUCUUUACCAGAUGUUAAUUGAGCCCCAUUAGACAAUUGUUAGUGCCAUUUUUAUCAUAGUUCUGAAUUCUUUUGCAGAUUUUAAGGGAUUUUUUAAAAAACCUGUGCACUACUGUACAAAAAUAAAACUCUACUACAGUUGUUUAGUUUAGUCUAAGUAUUGGAACAUCAUCUGUAUUUUUUAGACUUACGGGCAACACAUUUUCCUACUGAAUAUCUUGUUAUAUUGUGAAUGCCUCUGCAUACUAACUUUUAAUUAUAUUAUUGAUCUCUACUCUAUGCAAUAGGACAUCUCCCAUACGUCUCAUCAUUCUGAUGCAUGAGCAUAGCUUUUUAAAAUGAGUAGUCAUUAUAGUAGCUGUGCCCUUUCUUGAAGAUGUGGUUGAGGUGGAGCGGUGGUCAGAAAAUAUUUUUACCUUCAGAGGGAUUUUUGGUAGUAGAGACUGUACCACCAUUUCCUUGACUGUGAAGGUAAUGAAACUUGGGCACAAUAAUGGGAUGGAAUUUAAACCUGUAUCUUGCCCUGGCCUCAGGUAUCUAGAGGAAAAGUUUACACGCUGUGUUGUUUCCUGCUCGCAUUUCAGAAUACAUUGAUGGGAAUGAGUUUUUAUAAAGCUUGACAACAUUAUAUAAAUCUGAAACAAGAAUUGUGUAAAAAAGCAUUAUUUUCAAGUUUCUAUAAUCUCCUUACUGUUUUCUUUGCCCUCCUGUAAAUGAAGGUAGGUAGUAAUGAUAUUAAAGAGAACCAAUAGACAAAGACUACAAUGGCAUUUUGUUUCUUCACUUCAGAAUGUGUUGAGAUAUUUUCUGGAUGAUUUAAACUGCAUGGUGAAGGGUUGUUAAACUCUGUAGAGUGCAUGAAAGCCAUUUUAUUUUCAGUCACAUUUGGUUACUUACUUUUACUGCCACUUCUCUCUUCAUAACAAAGCAGUAAAAAGGACUACUUCUUAUGAUUGUUGUACUGUGGCAUUGGACUAGAGUAUAAAAUACGUAUGAUACGUAUUUGUUCUUCAUACUUGCAUGAUACUUUGUACUCAGAAAAAAACAGUCUUAAGAUUUCCUUUAUAAUAUAGAAUCAUAGAGUUGGGAGGGACCCUGAGGAUCAUCUAGUCCAACCCCCUGCAAUGCAGGAAUCUGCAGCUGUCCCAUACAGGGAUCGAACCUGCAACCUUGGUGCCACUAACACCAUGCUCUAACCAAUUGAGGUACCCAGGAGGGAAGUCUGUACUACUCUUUGCAGUACCUUCCUCCCAAAGGCUGCAUCUGCAAAUAUGUAUUUGUAUUCUGUAAUUGUAAUAUGUUUUUGUCAGCAAAUAUUUGUAGAUAUAUUUUUAAAGUUUUCUAUUGGGAUUAAACUCCAUGAUCAGUAUCAAUUUGAAAUGAAAAAAGCACCAUGAAUUAUUUUAUCCCAUAAUUAAAACUGUUGUUUUUGAGACUGUUAAAAAAAAUAAAUGUAAUUGAUAGGCUACUCUUUCAAAAGUAGCUACUAUGCAUGGAAUAAAUGCAUUACUGCAUUGAAGAUGAUAUUGCCGUUCAAUAACUGUAGACCUAGCAAAUUUAUUUCCCUUAAUUCUGUUCAGGGAUUGCAUCCCAGUUUUCCCUAGUAUGACCUAUAUAUUUGAAUGUAUUUAUUUUUACUAAAUUCAGUUCUUUAAAGAAAUUACACUGGAAUAUCAUGGUUUCCUUUGCGGCCUCCCAUUGAUUUCCUUGGAAUAUACUGGCAAUGAUUGGGUAGAAUUCUACUGAAAUUUGACAGUGCACUGUAACCAGAAUUUAAAAAGAGGUUUUUGGCAGCAAUUCUUUUCCAGAACAGCACAUUUUGAUAUGAUACAAUUCACUAGAUGAGAUAAUGAUCCAAAUACCGGUAUUUGAAAGUAGGUUAUGCAUUUAAUCCAUAUCUUAGAUUAGUAAAGAGCCAAUUCAUUGACUAAAUUCCAAGAUUAAGAAUGAGAGGAGGACUGAAAUUAUUUUAAAAGGUAGCAGUGGUUUCAGUUCUUAAUCACCGUUGUAGUACAGUGGUACCUCGGGUUACAGACGCUUCAGGUUACAGACUACGCUAACCCAGAAAUAGUACCUCAGGUUAAGAACUUUGCUUCAGGAUGAGAACAAAAAUCGCAUGGUGGCAGUGGGAGGCCCCAUUAGCUAAAGUGGUACCUCAGGUUAAGAACAAUUUCAGGUUAAGAACGGACCUCCAGAAUGAAUUAAGUUCUUAAACCGAGGUACCACUGUACAUUAGUUCACUAUUAGUCUAUUAGCUUUGUAUACAACAGUGACUAUAAACCUUGGUUUCAUGGGUAAUAUAAAACCUUUGUAUUACAGCUGUUUCUGCCCAGAAGCAAAUACUAAAGUUGGUUUAAUGUUAAUUUUGCUCAGAUGCACAUGCAAGUAAUGCUUAUGGCACUGUGCUUCUGGUUUUUUAAUUAUAUACAUGAGCAAGCAACUUUGGAGGGUUUACACAUGAAACAAAUAGGGCUGGCCCAACUGAAGAAGCAAACUGGACCACCACUUUGGGAUGCCAGUCUGAGGUAUUCAAAUGCCUUGGAGAGAGCAAAAGCUGCUGCAUAUGCUUUUGUAGGGGGCAAAUAGGUGGCUUAACAAUUCAUUGACUGGGCUGUUUCCUACAUUCCAGGUAUUUCUGCACCUUCCCCAUCUAUUUGGCUAAAGAUCAGAGAAUGUCAGGGUUUCAAAGAGCUUUCAGUUCCCAAUUAUCAGCAUAUCAUUGGUGCUUUAAAGAGUCCUGCAUGGCACUUUGAAGCUACAACAGUCAGCUGAUUGUCAGGGCUUCAAAGCACUGCAUCACAUGAUGUCAUUGUGGUGUCAGGCGAUUGACAGAUAGGCAGCCAUGCUCACCUGUCAAAUUUGGCUGUCAAGAGUUAGGGUAGAUGAGGAUCUGGCCCACCAGCCUGAUCCAGUUCUUCACCCCGAUGUAAAAGUACAACCUUGUACAACCAAAUGUGAGUGGUCAAACCAGACAAUCUAACAGAGAAGGAUGGGCCAAGCAAAGGGAAGCUGUGGCUGGGCUAACCAAGGAAAGCAGAUAAAACAUGGAGGAUUGAAAAGGGGAUAGCAGCAAAGAAAGGCAACAGUGAAUAAAGAAAGAAGUUCAAGUUAUAGCCAUUUGGCGGAAACAAGUAAUCUAAGCAAAAACCGCUGGAGGAAAAAACAAUACCAGUAUGGAGCAAAGCCAGCUAGGAACACAAAGUAUACUGGGUCUGGUACUUGCCUGUCCACUUGACUACAGGUUACAUUUCUAGCCAUGUAUACAUACAUGUUCCCAUUAUCCAGUGAGCAUCUUGUUAGUGAUGCAAUUUCCACUGUUUUUGUUUGCGGGAAUAAAAUAUAUUCUGCAUUUUAUGUGUUUGUGGAAUACCUUUUUAUGGAUCCUUUUUUGCAGCCAUAAGGUGGAACACACAGAAAAAAUGUGCAAUGCUGCUCAAAUGUCACUGAAGUUUGGCUGUAAUAAUAUUCUACAAGUUACCCAUUUUAAAAUGUAUUUAUUUCCCCCCAUAGCUUUUAAAUAACCUAUUAUAGAGCAUUGUUUCCCAUCAGUUACAGAGGCGCUGACAGCAUCUUCUAAUUACAAGAAAUAUGUAUGCUGCUGCUUUUGGUUCUCACAAAACUUUUUAAUCUCUAGAGAGAAACCCAAAGACCCAAACACAGAUUUUUGUAGAAGUGUGUUUAUACUUAAUUUUAACACAGUCGUAAUUUUAUCGUUGGUGUUUUUAAUAUGCUCCUGAGAAAUCAAGUGUACACUUUAAUGUUUUGCACAUAUCCCAAAACUAAACUUAGGUUGGUGAAUUCAUAUAUACUGAUUUAGAACUCUUGUAAUAAGAUCUGAUUUUUGGCUUCCUUUCCCUUGAAAAUGAAGUGGGCCUUUUUAAACAGUCUAGGCUGAAACAAUCUUUCUUCAAGAGAAGUAAGAGUAACCUUUUGCCAGGCUUAAUACCAUGUUAAACUUUUCCAUUUGACACAUGUAUCCAGAUCUCUCAAUAUGUGCUAUUUUUACUUUUAAAACUUUUACUCUGUAUUGUUCUUCUGUUUAGGUUUGACUGUUCUGAGUUUCAGAAACUUGAAUUUAUUUUUCUUUUGUAGUGAAAACCAAAUUUCUAAAUAGGAAAGGUUGCCUUGGUGUCUUCAGAAUCUUCAGUUUGAGCAGGGCUGUCUUAUAGUCUUCAAAACACAGGUCUUAGAACUUGCUGCUUUAUUAUGCUACAAUAAGUCCUAAAAACUUAUUUAUGUUAAUAAUAUGCAUUGUACGGUAUACAAUGAAUGCAAAUGUGACAUUCCCAAUUUCUGAACUAUGGUUAAACAUUCAGGAGAAAGUUGUGGGAUUGUAGGGUAUAUCUGGUUAAAUGUUACCUUUGCAGUAAUAGUAGGAUGGUUUUGACAAUUGUUUGAGGCUUCAUAAAAAGUAUAUGAAGCCAAGAAUGAGCAAUGGAAUGAAGCUAUUCUCUGUGGCACACCCCCUUCCAUGCUGCUUUGGAGUUUAGUUUCUGGCUUGUAUCGAGCCAGAUCUUGUGAUGAGUUGGAUUCUGGCUUAUUUUCAUGUCUUGAUAACUGGUUUACCUGGUUCAGAUGUAACACGGAACUUUGGCUUAAUACAAGCAACAACAAAAAAGCUCCAAAGUAGUACAUCAGGCGAGAGAAGGACUAGGGAGGAGAACCCAACCCAACACUAAUUCCUGAGAUGGUCCAUACUGGACCAUUAAUUGCAAUUAGUGCUAACCAGGGUUCCCACUUCACCCAUACUAAAACCAUAAAUUGAAGUCAUUUUUAGGCAUGGAUAUACAGGAGCCAUUGAUAGUUGUAGCCACAGUUAACAUUACUGGAAAUACAGUUGUUUCCACAGGUAGACCUGCCAAGGUUCUGUGGCCUCACAGUUGCUUAAUUAUUAGAUCAGGAACUCAUACGUGACUCCCCUCCCUCAGGUGUGUCACCUUCUGCAUCAUAUGCAGACUGAGAAAAUCACAAAUACAUGAAGGCGUACUUGGAGAAGAUUCAGGUCACCUUGUACUACUAAGGUAUCUGCAUCGCUCUGUCAUCUUUUAGGUGAAAUAGAUUUUGUGAAGCUGUAACUUAUUUCAAAUAUUAUUACUUUUUGCACUAUGGCCUGGAAGUACAUCUGCUUAGUAUUUAUAUCAGAUUCUUUGGUAGGACAAUUUAAUGUGCAUUUGGCCCUCAGUAUUAUUUUCAUGCAUUGUAUUGCAUACCUUAGAUCAUUUUCAUUAGAAAAGAAUGUUAAGAGCUUCCUGCUUUCCCCUGAUUGUUCAGGCCCAUAUUACAAAAACUGAUUAUUAAGCCUGAAAUAGACACAAAAUGAGAUGCAAGAAAAUAUGCCACCAUCAUAAUAUCGCUGAAGAUUUUCCAUCAUUUACCAUAUUAAUCCAUUGCUCUGGAAAGCAACCACAAAGUCAUUACCAUCUGAAGAAACUACUAUGAGGAAAGGUAAAGGUAAAGGGACCCCUGACCAUUAGGUUCAGUUGUGGCCGAUUCUGGGGUUGCGGCGCUCAUCUCGCUUUAUUGGCUGAGGGAGCCGGCGUACAGCUUCCAGGUCAUGUGGCCAGUAUGACGAAGCCAAUUCUGGUGAACCAGAGCAGCGCACAGAAACGCCAUUUACCUUCCCGCCGGAGCGGUACCUAUUUAUCUACUUGCACUUUGAGGUGCUUUCAAACUGCUAGGUUGGCAGGAGCAGGGACCGAGCAACAGGAGCUCACCCCGUCACGGGGAUUUGAACCGCCAACCUUCUGAUCUGCAAGUCCUAGGUUAUGUGGUUUAACCCACAGUGCCACCCGCGUCCCUACUAAGAGGAAAGCAUAUCCUCAAAAACAGUGUAAUUUUUCUGAUUUAAUUUCUACUGUAUAACAAUUUACAAGUGUUUUUGUAACAAUUUACAAGAGCCAAUAUGGUGUAGUGGUUAAGAGCAGUAGACUUGUAAUCUGGUGAACCAGGUUCGCGCCCCCACUCCUCCAUGUGCAGCUGCUGGAUGAGCUUGGAUUAGUCACGCUUCUCUGAAGUCCCUCAGCCUCAUUCACCUCACAGAGUGUUUGUUGUGGGGGAGGAAGGGAAAGGAAAAUGUUAGCCACUUUGAGACUCCCUAGGGUAGUGAUAAAGCUGGAUAUCAAAUCCAAAUUUUUCUUCUCCUCUUCUCUGCUUUUGACAGACCACUGCUUAUUUAAAUAAUGUAUAUUGCAGUGUUAACUUUUGGAUGAAUAGGUUUCAAGUCUUGAGAAGUUCUCAUCCUGCAUUAGUCAGACCUUUGCUGGAGCUCUUUGUCUUAGGUCUGGGUGCUGUGCUUUCAGAAGGAUGUAGACAAACUGGAAUGGGUUCAGAUGAGGUCAAUGAAGAUGGUCAAGAGUAUAGAAGACAAGUCCUAUGACAAAAGUUUGAAGUACAUUUAGCUUGGAGAAAAGAAGCCGUGGCAGGGUCGGGAUGGGCAUAAUAGCACUCUUCAAAUACUUGAAGGGAUAUUACAGUAGAAGAAGCAAAUACUUUAUAUCUGCUGCCUUGGAAGGCAAGACUACAUCUAAUGGUCUUUAGGUACAGGAUAGUAGAUUUGGAUUGAACAUGAGGAAAAACUUAUUAAUGUUAAAAAAAAGUUUAACAAUGGAACCAGUUAACCAUAAACCAGUGAGGAUGUUGCAGUUGGACAUUAGGGUAGAUUGGCCUUGUUGUAAUAAUAAUGGACACAACUGAUUGCAAAGUUGUGCAAGCCAGUGUGGUGUAGUGGUUAAGAGCGGUAGACUAGUAAUCUGGUGAACCGGGUUCGCGUCUCUGCUCCUCCACAUGCAGCUGCUGGGUGACCUUGGGCUAGUCACACUUCUUUGAAGUCUCUCAGCCCCACUCACCUCACAGAGUGUUUGUUGUGGGGGGAGGAAGGGAAAGGAGAAUGUUAGCCGCUUUGAAACUCCUUCGGGUAGUGGUAAAGUGGGAUAUCAAAUCCAAACUCCUCUUCUUCUUCUUCUUCUUCUUCUUCUUCUUCUUCUUCUUCUUCAAAGUACACCAUGAUAUGGAACUGUUUAGCAAACAGAAUGGGCCUCGAUAAGGCAUACAGUGGUGCCCCGCAAGACGAAUGCCUCGCAAGACGAAAAACUCACUAGACGAAAGAGUUUUCCGUUUUUUGAGUCGUUCUGCAAGACGAAUUUCCCUAUCGGCUUGCUUCGCAAGACGAAACGUCUUGCGAGUUCUUGCGAGUUUGUUUCCUUUUUCUUAAAGCCGCUAAGCCGCUAAUAGCCGCUAAGCCGCUAAUAGCCGCUAAGCUGCUAAUAGCCGUGCUUCGCAAGACGAAAAAACCGCAAGACGAAGGGACUCGCGGAACGGAUUAAUUUUGUCUUGCGAGGCACCACUGUAGUAGCAACAGGGCAAACCAAAAGUUUAUCAUUCUUUUCUGUUCAUAACACUGUAAUAUAUUAGAGUAAAAGGUAGUAAUCACUCCAAACCCUAGUAAGCUUAAUGGCUGAGCAAGGUUUUAAACCUGAAUCUCCCUGACUCAAGUCCAACACUUUGCAUACUAUUCUGCAUUUAUCUUCUAAUGUAGCCAGAAUAUGACUUGAGGGGCAAUUGUGUAGGAUGCAUGGAAGCUCAUUGCAAAGUAAAUUGUUUGGUCCCUAAAAUGUCUCAUCAUGUUAUAUCUCUUUGCUGCAAGACUUAAUACAGCUGCUCCUUUGACUUUGGAAGGAGGAGCUUUCAACAACAACAAAACAUCUACAAUAAAUAAAGUGCUACUUUCUCUGCCCUUUGUUCAAAUAAGAUUUAUGAAGUUUGAAUCAACCUCUGUCCCAUUUUGUGUCUGUAUAUGUGCUGUUUUAGUUGUUUUUUAGCAUUCUCUAGACAGCGGCACCUGCAAGGGAACCACAAAGAGAGCUCUUCCCCUCUAUACUUCCCCACCCACAGAUACCUAUUAAAACUGUUUCACAAAAAUCGUCUGCUCCACAUAACAAGUGUUCACUGUUGUUUAGCGAUUUAGACUUUUAUGUGAAAUUAUCCCAGAGAUACCAACUUUCUUCCUUUUAUUUUGCACUCAGUUCAUCUAAUAAAAAGCUGGAAUAGCAUUGCCUUACUGUUCGCUAAUUAGGUUCAUGCCUUUGCUUCAGAAACCAUUUAACAUUUAUUUAGUGUCCUCACUGUCCUGGAUGCUGAACAGAAAAUUGAGUAAUCCUAUCACUGUCCCAAAGACAAAUAAUUUAAGAGUGAUAGACAAAGAUGUUGUAUGCGUACACAUACACAGAGCAUUAUUACUGCAUUGUUGUAAUAUAUGCAUUGUGUACUGUAGAAGUAAUUACAAGUGGAAGUAUGCACUUUUUUUUUUAAAUCUGCAGUGGUCCUAUGCCUUAGAGAAACCAAACACCGGCAGCAUAUUUAAUAUUGCUUGGUCUACUGAUGGCACGCAAAUAGCGGGGGCUUGUGGAAAUGGACAUGUGAUUUUUGCUCAUGUUGUGGAACAGCGCUGGGUGUGGAAAAACUUUGGAAUAACGUUAACUAAAAGAAGAACGAUGGAGGUAUGUGUUGGAUGUUUCAAGCUUUGUGAGUGGCUCACAAAUGUGGUGAGCACAAAAUGUUGGCAGAAAAUAACAGGUACUUUUUGAAUAUCCUUUUCAGUUGUAGAUGAACUGAGUGAAUGAGUGACAUCCGUCUCUAUGGCCAGCUAACUAUCCCCGGGAGAUCUGUUCAUCAGUCAGCUGGAUUGAGCAGCUUUCAGGAUGCUCCUGGUGAUAAUAGCAUGUUGACCAAUAUGUUUAUGAACUGAGGUCAAUUCUCACAACCCAAUGUGAGCAUGUUGAUGUUAGGAAGGCUACCCUGGAGUAAACUGACUGUGGAGUAUACCUCUGGUUACUGCAGUGGCUUGAAAUUCACAAUAAAAAAACACACAUUUAUGCUAGAAAUUAUUUUGCAGCUGGCAACAAAGUCACAGCUGCAGAAGCAAUAGCAUAAUAGUCCAUGCACAGAUAGCCUUGGUUUACUGGCUUUGGAAAAAAACCUGUACAUGUACACAGCUGUGGUUUACCAUUAUAGCAGCUGCAGCAUUGUUAGGUUUUUUUUUUUUUACUAUAGUGCAGGUUUUUCUGCUAAGAGCAGGGAUAGCGCUAAAUGUGUCUGUUUUCUUUGAUCACAAAAUCAGUACAUUAGCCAAGCACUACCCCCCCAACCUAAUAGUGCUUCUUGAUGAAACUUUGCCCAGAAUAUUUCAGCCCCAGGUUAAAAUAGUUUUCAGCUAGGUAAAACAUCUACUGUGACUUAUUUUUACUACUAGUUGUCCAGCCUAGAGAAACCAUAAGCUUUUCAUACCUAAAAUCUGAUUGCUAACAGAAUAUUUUAAAGAGCCUUUUAUUAGACCCAAUUAAAGAUUUUCAGGCAACUUUCUAUUUUAUGGUUACCUUAUUAUAAGUGAAGCCUAAAAGAAUUAUGAAUGUAGGUUCUUUUAAAAACACAUGGUCCUAAAUUUAAAAUGUGAGUCUGAGGAUCUGAAAGCAAAUGCAUUAAUUUUUUACCUGCUAAAUGUUCUGUCCUCGGUGACCAGACACUGACUCAUAACAUCCCACCCAGAGGACAGGGAGAUAAUAUACAAUUUCUGUUGUUACAAGUUUUCUCAAUUACACAUUCAGUAUUAGAGUUCAGGCCAAGCUUUUCAGCCCUGGGUGCCCAGUGUUAGGCUCCCAAAUCUAUAAUUAGGCACCUAAAUAUCUUUUGGCCUGAAGUGAAGUUGUCUUUGAUGCUGAAUAUAUAAUUGGGAAAACUUGCAACAACAGAAAUUCUAUAUUACCCAUCUGUCCACUGGGUGGGAUGUUAUGAGUCAGUGUCUGGGAAUAUGGAAGACAAAUUGGCAGGUAAAAAUCAUAUUUUUGGUAUUCAUUCCCAGACAGCGAAUCGUAAUGAAUGACUCUGUCUAGUAAUCCCUGAAGCUUUAGUUAUAUUUAGCUUGUACAGCUUCGUGGGAAAGGUAUACAAAGGAGUCUUCGCUCGCAGUGUAUGCAAAUGACUUGCACAUAAUUUAAAUUCUUGUUUUGGGGUUGGCUCAAGAAAAGUUUCCAGCCCAGCUUCAACCAUGUUGUUUAGAAAUAAGAAUAAAUGCACAAUUAACAUAUCAUUCUCAAUCUUAUAUAAAAGCUUUAGUUUACUUUUGUUAUAAGAUUCUGGAAACCAGAACUGACUAGAUCUCCACUGUCCUGCCCUGGUUUACUGCUUAUAAGUAGUUAAGUGACAUUAAUUGUGAAUUAUCAUUGUAUUUCCAUGUUCAGGAUGGGAGGAGCUGUUCCCUUUUAACAACUUUCACUUUCCAAAUGUCAACUUUCUGUGAGGCCUCAGAUACCAGUAUCUAAUGAUACCAGUAUGUAAUGAACAAAGCCCUGAACAACUUAGGCACAGAAUGCCUUUCCCUGUAUGUCCCAAGUCUGUUGCUGCAAUAAUCUGGGAAAGCACUAUUAGUACUACCCCAUGGCCAAGGAAAAUGAGUCUUAUUUAUUAGGAGUCAUGUGUUCAGUCUUUGACCUCAAAGAAGGCUGCAGCCCUACACUACUGAUCUGAAUAAAGAUACAUAGGAGCACACUGCAUAUUGCUAGGUCUCACUCAAUACAUUAACAAUCUUCAGCUCAAUAGUUUCUAAAUUAUGGGCCCUAGAUUCUUUAAAAUAAAUACAAAAAUGGGAGUUUUAAAGCUUGAAUUUGAGGAAUAUAAAUACUUGAAUAUUCAUUAUUCAUCUUCGUUUCCUGACAUUCUGUACUGUCCUUAGAGCUAAGAAUAAGGCUACUUCUUUGCUUUUGCUUUCAAAAUUAUUUAAAUUUUAUUUAACCGUUGGCUUCUGUUCCCACUAGGUUCGUAAUGUACUUAAUGACGCAGUGGAUUUACUGGAAUUUCGAGACAGAGUCAUUAAAGCCUCUUUGAACUAUGGGCAUUUAGUAGUUUCAACAUCUCUUCAGUGUUACAUAUUCUCGUAAGCAGCCUGAAUUAAUGAGACACAGCCAUCUGAUCAAUUAAAAAACCUUGAAUUUUUCACAGCUACAUGAUUUGAUUUGGGAAGCAUCCAUUGUUUUAUGGAGAUCUCCCAUAAACCUAAGCUAAAUGACAUAAACUUCUCAUAACUGUGAAUGGAAUUAGCUAUGUUCAUUUUCCCAUGAGUGAGACCUUCCCAGUGAAGCCACAUGUUAUUGCUUAUUGGCAUCCUGUUUCCCAGUGCAACUGUGCACUAUUUUGGUCUGUAACCUUUUAAUCACUACUUGUGCCAACUUUCUAAAUUACUUUUUAAAGUUUGAAGUCCUCUAACAAAGUUUAGGGGUACAGUUGGAAGUUCUGUUUCAAGGGAAUAUGGCAAAGCUCUAGUGGGCAUUUAGCUGAUGUCCAUGUACAUUCUACUGGUGCAUAAAAGCUGUAACUAAUGUUUAAAACAAGGCUGGCCCACCCAUGGGGCAAGGUGAGACAACCGCCUCAGGCAACAGACCCCAGUAUAGAUCUUUUUAUCUCCCUUGCUCCUAGUGUAGAUCUUCACACACCCCUCCUGCGAAACCCAGCCAGAUGGGCAGGGUAUAAAUAAUAAAGUUAUUAUUAAAAUUAUUCUUAUCAUUCUUCCCUGGUGGGGAGGGAGGCUCCAUUUUGUGGUUCUCCUCAAUUGCCAAAAUGUCUUAGUCUAGCCCUAGUUUAAAAUGAUAAUGGAAAAAUGUGAAAUAGGUUCUUGUUAUAUAAACGGAAUGAUAAAUACUUAUCUGUCCUCUGAUUUUUUUGAAAUCUUACCACAAUGUUUUCAAGCUGAUAUAUCUGUGAAAAUCUCACUAUAUAAAGUAUGUACACUAUCUCCCUUUUUUGUUCUUUCUUAAUGUAUAUUGUCUUGCUCUUUGCUUUAGGACUAAAAACUGGAAUACACCAUUAAUCUUUGACCUUAAAGAAGGAACUGUCAGUUUAAUUUUACAGGCAGAAAGGUAACUUGCUGAUGGCAUGACUUAAAACAAUGUUUACUUAAGUAGGGUGAGAUAGUGGGAUCAUAUUUGGAAGAAAUAUAUGUGUUGACUUCGAUGAUACUGUUUGGGAAGCAGUUUCCCAGCUAGAUCUGACUCUUGACCUUGUUUGAAUAAUCCAGAGCUACAUGCUCUGCUUGCCUUGUUAUAUGCUCAUGCAUGUGACACUCAGCAAUCUUGACUCUGUGAGUAAAUCUGUGUACAGUAGUACCUCUGUGUGGUUAAACUUGCUUUGGACUUGAUAAUACCCUCCAAGUAAGUGUUUGUAGGUUUUGAAUUCCUAUCAUUAACACUUGCCUUUUAAACCAGUUAGCCAAAAAAACCUCACUUUCCAAAUAAAGUGUAUGUAUCAUUAUGCAAAUAUUACCAUGAAUGCGUGCCAAGUCAUUUUAGUAUCAGAUUGAUGUAAUAUUAGAUGUCCUAAGCAGAGGAGAAAUUAGAGAACUUUAAAGGAAAGACAUUUGAUUACAAAUGCCUGUGCAUUGAUAUAUUAUUUGAAAAUACUUACUUGAAUCAAUGCAUUUUUAAAUUAUGCAAGAAAUAAUAAUAAUACAGUAUAUGGACAAUUACAUUAAUAGUUUUGUGUGAAAAUAGUUAAUCAAUGUUUUCUCCUCUGCUUCUUAUUUAUAGGCAUUUUCUUCUUGUAGAUGGUGGAGGGCUAUAUUUAUAUUCUUAUGAAGGACGUUUAAUUUCCUCUCCGAAGGUUCCAGGAAUGAGAACAGAUAUACUAAAUGUUCAGACCAUUUCUUUGAGUAAUGAUACCCUAGCAUUAAGAGAUAAAUCUGAUGAAAAAGGUAUGUUGUACAGACAUUAAAAUUGUUAAUUUUGCAUAAAACGCUUCUUCUGAGCAAAUAGAAGUAAAUAUGGGGUUGUCAAUGCAUCACUUAUGGGUGCACUUGCACCUACCAAGCCUUUUCUUGAUGUCUUCAGCAUCCUCUCUCUCCUACUUAAGUUAGGCUUCAAAGAAUCUAUUGCAGCAUAUAGAAGGUUUCUUUCAAACCUAAAUGUGAAAUGGAGUGAGGGUUCAAUAGGUUACAGCUUAACUCUUCCCUCCGUAACUGAUUACUCCACCUCACAAAUGCCCCCCCCCCCGCAAUUAGAUUUGAAAGAAUUAUUCUGCUUUAGCCAAAAUAAGUCAUUUUUCAAGCCUAUUUUCAAUAGGGAGUUGCAUUUUUUUGUGGGCAUAUCACAGAUAAGAAGGGUUAACCUUUCUUUCCUUGGUUGCAGUUCAAAAUUGUCCUUGCUCCAUGUCAAUGUCUCCUUUUUGAAAAUGAUGCUUAUUGUUACAAUAGUGAGGUCUUCUUGGAAAGCGGUAUAUAAAUUUCUUAGAUAAACAAACAUGUAUUUGAAAUUAGAGUAACUUUUCCUCAUUUAUUCUUAAUGAAGCAGUGCUGACCAACCCAUGAGGAAAGGUGAGGUGACCACCUCAGGCUGCAGGAUCCACAGGGGCAGUGGAGCCCACUGUUGAUCUUUCUUCAUGCCUUGUUCCUGCGUCUCUUACCCCUUAUUCCUUGGUGGGGAGGGGGUGUUAUUUGGGGGUUCACCUCAGGUGCUAAAAUGUCUUUAGCCAGCCCUCCAUUGAGGGAAGCAUAACUGAAAAUCACAUGGAGAUUUCAUCUUCCUCCUUAUCCCCCUGUGCUAUAUCCGAGGCCUGUCCUGAGGAUCUCCUGACUUUUAGUAGAGGCUUUUGAGGGGAUAAAGUGGGGAUAAGGGAGGGGAGAAUCCCAUUGUAUAAGCAAACUGUUACUUACAUAAAUUUGGUUAUAGCCAAUGUAUUUCUGUUUUGUGUGCAGCAACGAUAGUUUCUUUUUGUGUGGAUUUCUUUUUUGCAGGCUUAUUGAUAGAUCUGGAUUUAUGCUUGUCUUUGGCGUGUUGGGGUUUGUCAAGUAAACAGUCAAUAGUUCUCCAGGAGAGAUAACAGGAAUAAAUGACACCAGAGGGGAAAUAUGUUUCAGUAACUAAUCAAGAAAAUCCCAGAAUUGGUGGGAAAUAAUUUGCUAUUUGUUAGCACACAUAGAUUUAAUCAAAAUCCCAGAAGUUAUUAAAUCAUCUCAGUAAAACAUGAGGUGUAUUCCACUUUCCUUCUAAAACUAAGACUAAUUUCCCUUGCAAGAGCUUGUGUAUUUCAUUGCUCCUUGUUUUCUAAGGACCUCUAGUUGCCCACUGAUGUUAAAGGGUGAAAUACUUUUUCUCUGAACAAGAGGCAUUUCCUUGUGCUACAUCUAAAGAAGUUUAUCCAGGAAAACUGGAUGUCUUAGGGCUUCUUUCCAUCUGUAACCUCUGUACAAAAUAGCCUGUAGUUGACAUUCUUCUUCUAUGGUGAUCACUUAUAGCCGAGUAAGAUUGUCUUCCAUGAACACGGUCUUAGUGGUGUGUCCAUAGGUGACUGGAGGCCAAUUCUGGCUCCACACGUUGUUCCACAGUGGGGACAUAGGUUUCCGGGCAGUAGUUGAUCAUGGUGAGGGUUUGCCAAAUGUGCCUUCCUCUUAGCUUGUUUAUCCCUUUUGUCCUGAGUUCGAGUGCCUUCAAAGUCAAUGACAUCUUUGGUAAAGGCUCACACACAAAAACCACCAAAAACAACAACAUCAAAAACUAAUCGGACAGUUUUGAAGAGAGUGCAUGUCGGAUCUCGUCUUCAGUUCUCCUUUUCUGGGAUCCGUCCCUUGGAGCUCUCCGGGCCCCAAGCUGUUAUCUGGCUCUGCUCAAUGACCCACCCCUGCAUCAUGGUGUUCACCUUCUGGUGCCGAAUAUAUUAGUCUUUAUGCCUCUGUGCUUUUAUGUUUGUACAUACUUUAUGGGCUAAUAGCCGUAAAUAAAUAAAUAAAUUUGGUAAAGGCUGUUCUCCAACUGGAAUGCUUGCAGGCCAGUGUUUCCCAAUUGCCGGUGACAUAGGCAAUUUCUAAAACCUAACAGAGGGGUUUAAUUUCACUUUUUAAAAAAAUCACUAAACAAUAUUUAUAUACUGUACUCUGCUGGGAAUCUGCUAUUGUGAGUGUGACAUGGGAGUUGAUAGGUCAUGUGCUUUGCCUUUUCUUAACUAUCCCUUUUCCACCUUUAUCCACUUCAGUAAUUAUUGAAUCCAAAAGAUGACAAUAUUUUGUGUUUUCCACCUAUUUUCUGGUCUUCCUCUUCCUUUUUUGAGAAAUUAUGGGGUUUGUAAUAUAAACAUUGCAUAUAUAAAAAAGAACAUCAUGAUAGUUAGUAAAACUUUUGGUUUUGAUAAAAACACAAACAGUGUCUAUGACAAGGGAAACCUUACAUCAAAAAGAGCACAGCACUGUCUCAAGUCACAAGUUAUUUUCCUGUGUUUACACAGCUGGCUCAAACUAGCACUGGAUGUAACCCUUCUUUUUCCUUUUCAUAUGCAACCAACAACAUCAGAACAGCACCUGUUCUCAUAACAUCGUUUUUUCCUGCCAAUAUAACCAGUGACCGCAAACCAAUAUCCUGUAUCCUUCUAAAAGAAACUCAUGACACUAUGCUAAAAUGCAAAUGGAAGAGUCUUUUAAAGUUAAACGUGCAUGCCACAUGGAAUAUAGAUGACAUAUUAUCAGCUGGAUUUGGCAUGUGAUGUCAAUGCUUAAAAUCUGUUUGGAAUUAAUCACUCCCUUCCAUGUAUUUGCUGAAUUAUGCAACAUUUAUUUCAGGCUGUACAUGUGCUAGUUUUUCUAACCUUCCUGUCUUGAGAACGGUAAACAUGGGGUUAAUUCUUGUAUAAAAUGUGACUUUGUAUAAAGUAAAUUAAUAUAUUAACUCACAAAUCUCAUCCUUGUCUACUCAGAAGUAAGUGCCGCUGAGUUCAAUAGUAUUUAGUCCCCUGUAAUGGUGUACAUAGGAUAAAACUCUGUUUCAUGAAGCUAGCUAUGUGCACCUACUUAACCUUUUCAUCUUUUUUUUUAACAGUAGCACUUUACCAUACCAUCUGUAAAAAACAUAGUAGAUCCUGCAUUGUAUUGUUAAUAUUGUUUAUUUUUCAAAAUUUCAUGUUAUAUUCCUGUAAGUCAAACUGAAAGAUUUAAUCAUUUUAUGACAAAAUGUAGUGAGCAGGGAUAAAAAUAAUCACAUUUUAAUUUUUCUGUCAUGUACAGGUUUUUGUUUACAAAACUUCCUAUUUUGGCCCAAGGAGUCAGCAGCUUGCAAAAGGACACAACUUUGUCCAGUUGUUAAAUUUCAGUUAUAAGUCUUUCAGGUUUCUAGCACAAAUCAAGCUCUCAAGCAAAUUACUAACAAUAAUAACAGUUCAAAGCAUUACAAUGAAAAGUUCCUGGAGUUUUUCCUCCUUACAGUCAUAUAACAAGAGUGUAAAGUAUAGAUUUUCCAUUUGCAGUAAUCAAGCAUUCUUUGCUUUGUGGUUAUAUUGUUAAAAUGGUCAGAAAUAACAAGAACUGAGAUUCAGAGUGGCCUUGGCAGUGUGUUACAUCUAGACAUGUGAAACCCUGAUUCAAACCCCAGGUCUACCAUGAAUUUUUUCAGUCUUAUGUUAUCAAGCUUAUGGAAAAGGUAAAUGAAGUAAAGGUUGUAAACUACUUUGUACCCUGAAAAACAAAGGACCAGCUAAUAGAUUAAUGGCACAAAAUUUGAACUAUAGUAAGUGAAGAAUAAAAUACACCAAUGUUCCCAUGCCAUCCUUCUACCCUCAUAAAAACACUUAAAAAUAAAUAGAGUAUAACAGUCAAAUUAUUUAUUGAUAAUCUCUCUCUCUCUCUCUCUCUCUCUCUCUCUCUCUCUCUCAAGUUAUUUACCUGUUUGAGCCUUUAGCUGGGAAGCCCUUAGGAGAUGGGAAGCCCCUUACUCAUAAGGUAAUGUACAUAGUAUCAUUUAAUAUUUUGGGGUAAUAUCAAUAGUCAUUAUCAGAGCCGACCAACACUGGAAAUCAUCCUCUGUAAUUUAGGUUGGCGAGGCAGGUGUAAUGUUGCUGAAAACCUCGGUGAGCUCAGAUUGUUGAAAGAGAGGUUGCAUGAAUAACUUUCUGCUUUGUAGCUUGGCUAUGUUCCCAGUUUCGAGUUCCAAGUAUCCCAGCAUGUUAUCAGUUAGAAAUCAGCCAGUGUUGAUUGAAACUGAGAGAAAUCUUAAUUCAGUGAUCAUUGAGAUUAAUACAGCUGUUUCAGCAGUUAGCUAAUGGGAGUUUAGAAGUUACGCACAUCUAAUUAAUGAAAUACAGGUUUCAAUUUUAAAAGAAAAAAUAUUUUGCCAGUUUGGCCAGAUGUUUGAUAUAUUUGGGUUUUUUAAAAUAACUGUGCUUGGCUUUGUUUUUUAAAGCAAUAAGAUACAGGUCAGAGUAAGAUAAUUCAUUUGUAUAAAUGAACAUUUAUUGUUGUUUUUGUUGUUUAUAUACUACCCUAUAUCCAAAGAUCUGAGGCUGGUGUACAACAUUAAGAACAUAAUUCACAGAGCAUAAUAACAAACAUCAUACAGAACACAAUAAUAGACAGCACAAUGAUAAAAUAAUCAUAAUAACAUUCCCCUCCACACCCCCAUAUUUAAUAGGCCAUACACAUUUUGUUCAUAACUUUCUUUAUUGGAGAGCUAGAGACUUACUUUUUUAAAUGAAUGAAACUCAAAGUCUGGGUCUCAGGGGUGCCAGUGAAGGUCUUCAUGGGCACUAGGUUCAUGACCCCUGCACUAAAUAGCAAAUGUCUUUUUCCUACAUUUUCUUAUUCCCAUUCCCACAUGCUUCUUGACCUGUCUCCUUUCAUUUCUUGUUUCAUUCUCCUUUCAUAUUCAACCUCUGCCUUAGCACUACCCCCAGCUGCUCAUUUCUUUCAACCCUACUUCCUGGUUAUUUUACAUUCACUUAACUUCUUCCUCCUAGAACAGUUUCCUCUUGUAUUCCCUGUUUCGUUGUUGUUGUUGUUGUUGUUGUUAAUAACAACAACAACAACAACAAUAAUAAAUAAAUGUCCAGUAGCACCUUAAAAAAGGUAAAGGACCCCUGACAGUUAAGUCCAGUUGUGAACGACUCUGGGGUUGCGGCGCUCAUCUCGCUUUACUGGCUGAGGGAGUUGACGUUUGUCCGCAGACAGGUUUUCCGGGUCAUGUGGCCAGCAUGACUAAGCCGCUUCUGGCAAAACCAGAGCAGCACACGGAAACGCCAUUUACCUUCCCACCGGAGCAGUACCUAUUUAUCUACUUGCACUUUGACGUGCUUUUGAACUGCUAGGUUGGCAGGAGCAGGGACUGAGCAAUGGGAGCUCACCCCGUCAUGGGGAUUCAAACCGCUGACCUCUUCAGAUACCACGAAAUGCACACGAAAGCUUAUACCCAGAACAAACUUAGUUGGUCUCUAAGGUGCUACUGGACAUUUUUUUUCUUUUUUCGACUGCGUCAGACCAACACGGCUACCUACCUGAAUCUAAUAAUAAAAAAUACUAAUUUUUUAUCUCUCAGUCUCCUUCAAUACUUCCUUUGGCCCUUUCCCCUCAAAUGAGGGAGACCUCUCCCCCCACCAACUCUUUGUCUCCUGGCCAAUUUUACUCACAGUUGUUAGUGCUGGGAUUGGUCCAACCAAAAUGCUUUGGCAUGGCUAGGGACUGGAGCAGGCAAUUUAAGGAGAUCACCUGAAAGUGACCCAUGGCUUACUGAUGUGUCCCAGCCCAAACAUGGCUCUAAAGGAAAGUGGUCUGUGACUUAAGAUAUUAAUGUAAUAAUUGCCCACUUUUAGACUUCACACUAUUCGGAUUAAAAAAUAAUUCAACCUAUUUAUUACAAGAGGAUUCAAGACCUGGUAUAAGUUAUACCUUUGACUUUGCAUAGUGUGAGCUUGUGUGGUAUAGUAGAUAAAAGAGCAGGAUCUGGAACUGGGACAUCCAGGUUCCUGUUUUCUUCUUUGACCAACUCACUGUCCCUCAGUGUAUAAGAUGAAUGUGCAAAAUGUUUAUUCCUAUAAUGAUUCAUUCAUUCAUGUUUGUUUUUUAAAAUAAAGCAUUUAGUUCCUAACUCCAUGAAAUAUUACUGAUUUAUAAUAUAGACAGAAAUCAUGGAAAUUGCCUUAGACCAGAAAGGACAUACAAAUGAAAGGAAAAUUGCUUUUAUUGACAAAAAUAGAGACCUUUAUAUAACAUCAGUGAAGAGAUUUGGUAAAGAACAGAAGGUUAUCAAAAUAGGUAAGAAUUAACUUUAUGCAACAGAUUUUUAUCCCCUUCUUUCUAGCCCUUCUUCUUUAUUCUUGAAAGCCCUCCAUUUUCCUGAAGCCCUCCACCCCACCCCACCCCACCCCACCCCACCCCACCCAAAUGGUUCUUUCCCAUGGAAUCAAAAUUUCUGGAAAUAAUUUUCUAAAUAGAAACAUCCCUUAGGGGUGGGUGGACAAUAUUCCAGGAGUUAAUUCCCAUAAUUGUCUUGCAACCGUGGAUUAAGUCAUGCCAAUGGUAUUUUCAGUUUCUAAUAUCUGCACAUAAUUUUACGGUGUCCAGUAAGUAAGCUAAAAUACUGUACAUGAAGCAAUCAACAGUAAUUUGUGAUAUUAAAAAUUAUAUGCUCAGUACUUCUUUGUGUUCUCAGUGCAGUCAUACAUACAGGUUCUGCACCUAAGUAGACCAGCACAUGUUCACUUCCUUUUUAAGAGGUGGGGGAAGCCCAGCUGAUGUUAGAGAGGGCAUACAGCAGACACUGAGGCAUAAAACCCCAGUAGGAGGACUGAGCCACAAUCCUGUGUGCUGCGAGGGGGAAACAAGACACCCAUGCCUGCUAUUCUACAGUGAGAGGAAGUUUCAGAGCACACACAAGGAACACCAAGAAAAGGGGUUAAAAAAACUACCCAUGAAUUUUCGCAGGCUUGUGCUUGUUUGUUCUGCGAUAAUCUUUCAGGGUACAAAUUCUAAUUUAUGGGAAGUAAAACAUAAACAUUAUUUUACACAGAAGACAAAACUGUUACUUAGAGUCAUAUUUACUGGCAGAGAAGAGUUGAAGAUACUGAUGUUUAUACUGUAGUGUCAUGUGCUUGAGCAGAUACUUGAUUCUGCUUACUUUCUGUUAAGGAACAAUGGUGCAUACUCUGGCGUGGAAUGACACAUGCAACAUACUCUGUGGACUUCAAGAUACACGCUUCACAGUCUGGUACUAUCCCAAUGUGGUAUACGUAGACAAAGAUCUCUUACCAAAAACCCUUUAUGAAAGGGAUGCAAGGUAUUAUAUACUUUUACGUCUAGUGUUUAAUUAAUAGUACCCCCAUCAAUAAAAUACUUUCCACUAGAACCAUUGGGAGUAAGAUUCCACAGUGUGAAAAACAUGGGUGCAAUUACAGGAGAAAACAAGUGUGAGUUGCCAUUGUUUAAUUUGGAUCAGGGGCUAAAUUUGAGCUACUAAGUUUGCAGUUUCAAAUUAUCAGUUACCAUCUCUCCACCUGAAGCAUCUAUCUGUUCUGGUUAUUUACUUUCAUUUUUAAGGCGGUAAAUAGACCUAGCUGCUAUGUGCUAAUCUAUAAGCUCCCCUGUAUAGUUAAUGGUGGCACACUGCCAUUGAUUGUGGGCCCCCAGCUAUUGAGCAGUCUCCCUAGAGAGGCUCAUCUGGCACUAACAUUAAUGUACUGUUUAUUCUCUCAUGCUUUUUAAACAUCAUUUUGUAUUUAUUUAACCUUAGUUAUUGCCACUUGAUGAUUGAUUUUUAGCUCCUACGAGGUGUGUUUACCUCUUUGGCUGAGUUAAAUCUCUUGUUUUCUAUGGUUGACAUUUUGUUUUGAUGCUGUUUGAAUUCAGUGUUUAAUUCAUUUUAGUGUGUUUUUCUUUGAACUUGUUUUAUACUCUGUUUUCUGUAUAUCAUCUAGAUAAAUUAUUUUAUGAGGUGUGACUAAUACAAAAAAUAAAGAUAAUGUGAUGUCACAAAAGCCUAGAGGAGAAAUUGGGGUAUAUAGACAUGAAGAAUAUGGCCAUAUUUCCAUUGAUAGGCAAUGAAUACUAAGAGAAUGCUAUUCUGAGUGCUUCCUCAGUCUCUCCUAUAUUGAGCACAGACCCUUAAACAUGCCCACAUUUAAUUGGAUAGCAGGAUUGCACAUCCAUAGUCCUUUUCAUUAUGGAGAGGUGCAAAGAGCUUCUCUCUAAGUGGUUGAUGUAAGUGCCUUUCCACCAUUGAUGGAAGCAAUUGAUACUGGAGGCUUGCUUACACUACUUUGUAGUCUUGUCUCUCUUCUUGGUUUUUUUAGAUGUGGCAGCCAUUUUGUGUUAUUCCACAUCUUUGUGUCAGCCAUUUUGUGAGUGGUACUCACAUCAGCUUCUCAAAAUUUCAGAUGUGCCCUCCGGCCCAGAAACUUUGAAAUCCCUGCUUUAGACAAAACUAUUCAACAUUCAAAUAAUUUUAUGAUAUUUUUUAUCUCAACAGCGAAUUUAGUAAAAAUCCCCAGAUUGUGAGUUUUGCUGGAAGUCAAGUAACGGUCAGGAGAGCCGAUGGCUCACUUAUUCACAUCAGUAUUUCACCUUAUCCAGCCAUACUCCAUGAAUAUGUCAACAAUUCAAAAUGGGAAGAUGCUGUCAGAUUAUGUCGCUUUGUUAAGGUAAAUAUAAAAUUCUGCAGCAGAGUAAGUUUUUUGUAGUUUUUAUACCCACUACUACUUCAGCUUUUGAAAAAUGGACUUUGAAAUAUGAACUUUGUCAGAUUUUUGGGUCUGCCCUCAGCCAUGCAAAUAGUUCUCUCUAUAAAGUGUUUUUGAAACUCCCCUAGUUUUUAAAAACUAGCUUAUGAUGCACUAAAUAGUUCCACACUGCUCUGCUUCAGAGCCAGUGAGAAUUCUAAAAUUAUUUACAUUCUGGUAAAGCCAUAUCCACUUCUGGAAGACAGAAGUGCCUGGCGUGCUCUGGUCCAUGGGGUCACGAAGAGUCGGACACGACUAAACGACUAAACAACAACAACAACAAAGCCAUAUUUCUUUUCUUUAUUAUGAAGUUGCAGACAUGUUCUUAUCUCUCUUUUUAAUUCAAAUUAUCAUAUAUUAUAACUGUGGCAUUUUAUCUGCCAAAGAAGUUGAAAUAGAACAUGCAGGUUUGUAGGAUUUAAUUCCCCCCAAAAUUCUUAAAAUGCUUUUUAAAAUGCAGUUGAUUCUCAUUGAUGCAGCUGGUCAUUUGCCUGAGCUGAGUAGGAAACUGCUCAUCCUUCCUUCUGACUGGCUGCCUUUUGGCUCACACCUGCUUCCAGAGUGCUGUCAUAUGUGCCUGUCCAGGCUGUUUAAAUGUAGGCAUUGGCAGCCACCAUUACAGUGUUUACAUUCUAUGUUUUUUGCACAUAAGGGUUUUCUACGCGUAAGGGUUAGUAGCCUUUUAAGGGCAGAAGAGAAAAGGGAACAUGCAACACAGUGUUCUGACUCUUCUGUCUUCUGAAACAAGAACAGGCUCAUUAGUAUAGUUCACUUCUAUGGUGGCUGUCUCUCCUGGCAACAGAUACCCUUGCCACAGGUGGGAAUUGGAGCAGAGGGCAGCAAGGCAAGCAGAUACAUAAGUUGCCAACUCACUUCUAUUUGUUUACAUGGCAGGGUUACGCAGUCGUUUACAAAAACCCUAACCCCAUUUACCUGGGGAAAUGCCUCAUUGAAUCUGGUAUUAGUUACUUCUAAUUUUUAUAUAAUGCAUUUGCCCCUCUUAAGAGCAUGCAAAUAGAAAUACAGUGGUACCUCGGGUUAAGAACUUAAUUCAUUCUGGAGGUCCAUUCUUACCCUGAAACUGUUCUUAACCUGAAGCACCACUUUAGCUAUGGGGCCUCCCGCUGCUGCCGCUGCGCCGCUGCUGCAUGAUUUCUGUUCUCAUCCUGAAACAAAGUUCUUAACCCAAGGUAAUAUUUCUGGGUUAGCGGAGUCUGUAACCUGAAGCGUAUGUAACCUGAAGUGUAUGUAACCUGAGGUACCACUGUGUCAUUCGUAUCUGGUAGCUUUAACAAUAUGGUUACAAACAGUUUUACCUAGAUCGGAAUAUAUUUUCUAUAAUUAACAAUGAAGUUUCAUCAAGUAAUUUUGCUGUAAUAUGUAUGGAAUUUGUAACUUUCUGAUUUAUUCGCAUUCACUUGAAAUUGUCAUGAUAAAAUAAAUAUAUCAGUUGUCUCUUGUAGCAUAGUUUAAAAGCAGAAUCUGACAUUUUUAUUGUCCAUCAUUUUGGUUCUUUUCUGUUACCUCUGGCUUCUGCUUACAUUUCAGUGUCAGUAGUGAACAAAUGUUCUUAUUCAAAUAGAAAAUUUAAUUGUAGAGUACCCCCUCUUCGCGGAGAAAGAAUAUCUACUGGCAAAUCUGUUUGCAGCCCAUAUUUAAUACUACUACUACUACUACUACAACUACUACUACUAAUAAUAAAUUUUAUUAUUUGUACCCCACCUAUCUGGCUGGGUUUCCCCAGCCACUCUGGGCGGCUUCCAACAGAACACUAAAAACAGAAUAACACUUCAAACAUUAAAAACUUCCCUAAACAGGGCUGUCUUCUGAAAGUCAGAUAGUUGUUUAUUACAUUGACAUCUAAUAGUAGAAAUGAAUAAAUGUGGGGUAGGGUGAUGGGGGACGACAGUGACACUUUAACAGCUUGAUAUAGACUUUAACUUCUGCUCAUUUUUCUUUGGCUGAAAACAAAUGAUUGUCUUAAAUUUCUUCUCUUUCACCUUAAGGAUCAAACAUUGUGGGCAUGUUUAGCUGCUAUGGCAGUAGCCAGUAAAGAUAUGAAUACAGCAGAAGUAGCCUAUGCAUCAAUAGGUGAAGUAAGUAGAUUCGCCUUAAUAAUUUGGCUUCUUAGUUUCUUGCAACGUAACUUUAAAUGUGCUAAUUUUAUUAUAACUGUUGCAUUUUUAAAAUAAAAAAAACAGAUCGACAAAGUUCAGUAUAUCAGUUCUAUUAAAGAUCUUCCAUCAAAGGAAUCAAGAUUGGCUCAUAUCCUGCUUUUCAGUGGAAAUGUACAGGAUGCUGAAACACUACUUCUUCAAGCUGGCCUUAUUUAUCAAGCUAUUCAAGUCAACAUUAAUCUUUACAACUGGGAAAGGUAAUAUGUUUCUUAUGGAUGUAGCAUGUGCCUUACAGAUUCAACUAAUGCUAUUGUGAAAUACUUGUAAGUCAGUUUCAUUAUUUUAUCAGUCAUUGUUCCCUGACAUUUAACUAAAAUUGUUUUGAACACUAAAUAUUUGGGAGAAAAAAGAAUAUUUAAUCCCAUGAUUCUGCCCUGAAGGCAAUAUAUUUUCUUAUGAAUGUAAAAGAAGGACCGGAUUCAGCUAACAGGUCCCACUAGCUGAAGCCUGCAUGAAUAUGUAAACUAACACAAUGGGACUUUCUUCCUCCCCUCACCCUAUUUGCCCCCAAAUUGGUUUGGAGGGGGGGCAGGAGACCCCCCCCCCAAAAAAAUCAUCAUGUCUGGGAAGAUUGUUCCAUCAGGCAAGCACUGACCAAGCAAUCUUCCAUAAUAUUUCAGAGAACCCAUAAUAUUUAAGAGAACCUGUUUUUGUUGGUGGUGGUUCUUUUUAACUGUAGAAUUGAGUCAUCAAUGUAGAACUUGUGUGCUUGCUCUUCCAUUCUACUUUAAACAUGCUUUAGUUGAGCUAUUUCUAGUCAUUGAUGCUUUAGUUGAGAUUCCAGCAUUGCGGGGAUUGGACUAGAUGACCCUCGGGGUCCCUUCCAAAUCUAAAGUUCUUCGAUUCUAUGAAAGACCAAACUGGGUCUCUUUGCUCCUUACUUACGUAUAAUAUUUAUGAUUUUCCUUAAGGAUAGUAGUUGGGAUCCCUGAAGCCUAUUUUAGGUGAGCCAGGGGCUUCUCCUGUUGAUAAACCCCAAAAGUCUCUUGUGGAAAUCCCUGGAGUCACUGAUUUUUAACUCCAGCAAUACAGGGACCACAGAGUGGCAUUGUUUGUGUUUAGAGUCUCUCCAAUACAGUGGUGCCUCGCAAGACGAAAUUAAUCCGUUCCGCGAGAGUCUUCGUCUAGCGGUUUUUUCGUCUUGCGAAGCAACCCUAUUAGCGGCUUAACGGAUUAGCGCUAUUAGCGGUUUAGCGACUAUUAAAGGCUUAAAGGCUUAGCGGAUUAGCUGCUAAAAGGCUAUUAAAGGCUAUUAAAGGCUUAGCAGAUUAGAUAAAGGGGGCGAAAAGCGAAAAAAAUCUCAAGACUUGCAAGACAUUUUCGUCUUGCGAAGCAAGCCCAUAGGGAAAUUCGUCCUGCGAAGCAACUCAAAAACGGAAAACCCUUUCGUCUAGCGGGUUUUCCGUCUUGCGAGGCAUUCGUCUUGCGGGGCACCACUGUAGUUAUAUGAAUCAUUGUUUACGCUUGAAAGCAGCAAUGUUGCUUUAAAAACAUUAUAAACUUUUUGAGCAAAGUAUAUUAUAUAGGGAAGAUACGUUUCAAAUUCUUAAUAGCACUGUAAGGACAAUAGAAAUAUGACUGCUUCUCAUAACAUACUUCAUAAAAUUCGUCUAGUGCCUAGACAUCAUUGCCAGCACUAAUGCUAGGUUUCUUCUUGCUUUAUGUCAAGAAAACUUUCCACUAGUGUAGUCACUGUACAGCAUGUAUUUUUUAUAAAAACCAAAGCAUUUGUAAUUAGGCCAGUUUCUGAGUUCAGCCUGAUGAGCUCAUUAUUGUUUUCUUCUAGGGCACUAGAACUUGCAGUGAAACACAAGACACACGUUGACACGGUUCUGGCUUACCGACAAAAGUUCUUGGAUGACUUUGGUAAAAAAGAAACAAAUCAGAGGUUUUUGCAGUAUGCAGAAGGGGCAAGUAUUUGUGGAAGCUGUGCUAUACAUUGUCAGAAAGUCAGCAUUAUAGCUGUGAAACAAUUUGAAAUUAUAGUCUAAUAUGAGAUUAGUAAUACUUUGUGCUUGUGCUUUUACAAUAGCAGAUAAAACUAACUGUUUAUUAUCUUUAGCUUUCAGGGUCUGCAUUUUGUGGCUUAAUUUUUAAUGUCUCCAGAGCUGGGCCCAAAGUAUGUUAGGGGAUGUCCUAUGACAAUUUUGACAGUCACGCUGUGUAAAUAUUACACAGCUGCGUAAUAUAGGUGGAACUUAGUCAUGCUGGCGACAUGACCCGGAAGCUGUACACCGGCUCCCUUGGCCAAUAAAGCGAGAUGAGCACCGCAACCCCAGAGUGGUCCGCGACUGGACCUAAUGGUCAGGGGUCCCUUUACCUUUACCUUAGAAACAUUAAGGUUGGGGUUUUUUUCUGUUUCUGAAGCUUUCAAUUUUGAGGAUUCACCAGUGCAAGCUGGUUCAGUAACAGAUGCGGUCAUAACCUAUUCUUGGGUUGACAUCCUGUGGGGCCACUACAGCAAAAGCCCCAGUGCUUUUUUGCUUAGCAUAGCUUUUAGUAAGGUAUAAUAAAUAUUGUCUGAAAAUCAUAUGCAGCUUUUGGCAAUCUGCAUCAUAGCCUUCACGCUCCUCCUGUGUAAGAGAGGGAUAGAGAUUUAGCGAAGCAGCAUGUGGGACAUAACUUGGCCAGCAAUCUUUGGCAAGUUUUGAUUGUACUAUAACAGAUCUCAGUAGCAGCCUUCUGAAACAACAUAAAAUAGUUGUGGUAAAGGGAGGCCUCAUUUGGCUCUUAAGUCACCACUGUUAUUUGUGCCAUCUUUGAUGGAAGUGGAGACAUAAUAUACAAUAAGGGGGAAUACAGGCUGAAAUCCAAACAGCUAAUGCAAGGGGCUUCAGCAAGGGGCCAGUUGCCUUUUUAAUUUUAACAGCUGAGUUCUUUAACAGAUCACAAACUGCUUUUGAAACUCCCAUCAUUUUCAAAAUCUGUCUCUAUGUGACAUGGGGUCAUGUUUGAUAAAAACAAGCAUAACUCUUUGGGUCUAGAGAACAUAUUUCUUACUUCUUUAGAUCCUAGACAUUUAUUAAUUGUAAUAAAAUUAACAGUUUUUUUUGUUUUUUGUAUUUGCUGUGAAGCUGUGGUACAAACUGCAGUGAAUAUGGCAAAAGAUGGGUAUCAUUCUCUUGCACACAUACAUACACACACACACACAGAGAGAGAGAGUUUUCCUUGAAAAUAUUUAGGAGUCAUUGCUUUCUAAAGGUUCUGAAAUAUGCACAAAUUCCAUUUCUUAUAUGUAGGAUUACAGUACACAUACAUGUUCAUUUCGCAGCUUCAACAUUAAGUGUUGAUUUGCCUCUAUGAAUAUGCCAUUACAGAUACAAAACCUUAGCUAGAGCUUUUAUCUACACCCACAUCACCUCAAACAGUACUUUAAGUGGUCAGGUCACACAUUCAGCAGCCAAUCAACAGAUUUAGAGAAAACAAGCAAUGCCAGAUCCAUUAAAAGAGAUACCAAAAUCAGUGAAAAGGUUAAAGUCAUAACUGAGAUGCACAAUGCCUCUAGAUGUUUGGAUGAUGUAUUUUAAUAUUUUGGGUGAGGAUCUGAAGUACAACUUUCGAGCAUACAAGGGCCUUUUCAGUUCCCCUCCAGCAGCAGCAAACCCCAUUGCCUCUAAAGUCAGAGGACUUUCCAGAGUGACAACCCAUGAGCUGCAAGGGGCUGCCAACAGAAGGAAAAAUUGGCAAUCCAUUUGCAUGCAGAAGCAUUUGCUGCACCCACAUGGGCUUGUCUGGAUCGCUGCCAUAGUACCAAGAUUUAGUUUCUUAAUCUUGCUAACACAUUGCAGAAAGCUGCCCAGCCACAAAAGGCCAACAAGCAGAAAGUUAUGAAGAAAUCUGUAGCAGAUGUAACAUAUAAAGUAAAGACUUGUCAGGUUAAUUUAUAUGCAUCUACUAUAAUUAUGAUUAAUGGAUACUUUCUCUCCCCCUCGCCCCCUGGCUUCUGCAGCUUGAAGUCAACUGGGAUAAAAUCAAAGCGAAAAUAGAAUUGGAAAUUGCUAGAGAGAGAGAACGAGCUGCAGCUACACCAGCAGUCAGAGCAAGCGUAACCAUACAGCGCUAAGUGGCAUGCUGAUUAUAUUAAGUAGUGGUUUUAUCACUCUGCUACUUCAGCAUACUGGUAAGCCUUGGUAUUUUGGGAUGGACAGUAGUGCCUGACUCCCAUAUCCUGGACUUUCUAUAGCUAUUGCUUUAUUGUUAAUGCAAAUGAAUUUGUAUGUAUGUCAUCUUAUGCUAUGAACGACAAUCCUAUUCUGGUCAUGGUAAUAUGAAAAGUUUGGAAUGAGCAUGGCAUAUGUUACCAGAAUCAGGUUCUCUGACUUGGUUUCUCAAAAGAAAAUUGUUGGUCUUGGUAGCAGAGCUGAGGCAGUGGAAACUAUUACAUAAAUAAAUGGUCAACUAUUAAGAUUACCAAUAGACAAGCAUGGAAUUUAUUUUCAAAGCAGACCACUUACCUAAACAUAUUUAUGCCUAAGGAAGCUCUUUUUGUAUACAAGUUUAUGGAUCAGAAGUAUAAUCUGCCUGAAAACUGUGGAAGCAUUAUACCAUGAGCACAGACUGAAGUCCUGAAACUGCUGGAUAAUGAAUAUUUCCAAGGAAUUUAAUAAAGUUUCUGAUUUGUUUUUCUUUUGUAAAUGAUUUUGAGACUGCAGGGUUAACUUUAGCAGAAGCAGCAUAAUGAACCCUGCUAGCAUGAAACAAAUUUUGUUGAUAUAGACAGUGGCAUACAAGAUGGUUGAUGUAAUGGGUAGUCCUUAAUUGAACUAACUUCUGUUGACACUGAAGUAUACAAAACAUAAACUCUGUACAAUGAAUACCAGCAUAUGCAAACACCAAACUGGAGAUACUUUUUUAAAACUUAUUUUCUCCCAAGUUCAACAUAGCAAGUAAUCCAUCUAACACUGUGCAUAUAUUGUAAAACGUAUUUGUUUAAAAUGACACUUAUUUUUUCUAGAAAUAGUUAAUGCUAGGUGAUAAGGCCUUUCUAUUUUUGAAAAGGUUCAGAUAUCCCUGUUCUUUAAAAGCAUUUUGUGAUGGUAAGCUGUCCCAUGUCCCUUAUUUAUAUAUGGUAUUUCACCAGUGCACUGGGGAUUUGGAAAAACUUCAAGCCACUUUAUUGGUGUAGCCUCAUUACUUGUCCAAAGUAUCUCCAUUGCCAAUGAUUUCAAGAAUACAGCACUAAUGUCCUGAUUGUUUAAUAGGCAAAACACAAUAUUUUAUGGUGAUAUCAGUAGUAAAAUAUUUUUGUACAGUAAAUCAUUACUUGGAAUCCUUUUGUAACUGGUGUUAAUGGAAAUGCUGUGCCUUUCAUAAUAAAUGCAUAAAUUAUUA